AGGAGCAAUUCUGAGGGGUCAAACAAAGAAAUAAUUUAAGAAGUGACAAAAAAGUUAUUUUUAUAAUGACGAGUUUUGCGGCUCCCAGUUUUUUUUCUCUUCGGAAACGGGUCCAAGUGGCUCUUUUUGUAUUAAAGGUUGCAGACCCCUGCUCUAGCAUUACCAAUGGCCCUCAAAGGCCCUCUAUUGUUUCUUAAUGGCCCUAGCUUGACCAAGUCAUUUUGCGUAGGUUAGCCCAGGAAUUCCUUUGCAGUUUGUAUUUCUUCCUCCACAUCCCAAAUCAUCAAAAUCCUACCAUUUAUUAUUUUAAACCCAAAUCUAUAACGCUAUGCCUUGCCUACGUGGUCAGAUACAACAAUGCUCUGAAUCCCAAUUGCUGGAAACUGCACGAGGAGGUGAAAGUGCUCACGUGCUGGAAUUGUGCUUGCUGGUUUCCCAUAAAGGGCACUGGGAGGACAAGGAUGCUGGGCUAGCCGGUCCCCUUUGGCCUGAUGCAGCAGGCUCUACUUAUGUUCCUAAGCCGGAAAAACGGGAGAGGCUGCACCUCCGCUCUUAUUCUGCCCGAGGAGAUGAUUCUAUUCUGCUCUCCCAUUGUUGGAAGAGUUCGUCUCUGUCUCACUCCUGAAGAGGGCAUCGGAUCAGAGGAGUCGACUUUCCCCUUAACGUAAGGGAGGAGGGGAUGAGCCCCAAGGAGGCGCUGCCGUCCCUCAAAAGGCGCCUGGGUUCACCCCAGCAUCGCAACUUCCCCGCACGCCUGGCAGCAAGAGGUGCGGGAGCGAAGGGGGUCGUGGGCAGACUCCGGCUCGGGGGCGGUCUGGCGGCAGCCCUCCAACCGCUGAGGGGGCGGCCCUUGCGGCUGAGCAGCAGCCUCGUAAGAAGGUUUCACUAGGGCUCAGUACGCGAAGGCAGCUGCAGGCAAGGGCUGGAGGAGUCCUCUCGCCUGGAAAGCCGGAGCGCCGCUGCUGCCAGCCAGUGUAGGCAGCAGUAGGCAGGGCCAUCUGGCUGCAGCGCCCCCAGCAGACUGCCCGCUCAGAAGGCUCCGGCGAAGGGGAGCCCAGCGGGAGCUGCGACCCCUGGGCCCCUCACAAAGCGGCCCCUCGGGCCCCCCUCCGGCGCAGAGGAGGCUCCACCCCCCGGCUCCGCCCCCGCCCCCGCCUCCGGAGCCCCGACGCCCCGAGCGGCCGUCGAGGGAGGCGGAGACAGCCGCGCUCAGCCCCGGCCGGCCGCUCAGCCAGGCACCCAGCCACGGAGGAGCAGGAGGGCCGCAGCCGGGAUGGGCAGGCCGCAGUAGCGCCCCCAGGGGCCGGCGCCAUGGGCUCAGAGCCGCAAGCCGGAGGAGGAGGAGGCCGAGGUGGCGGCGGGAGCGGCUGCGGCUCCUGCAGCGGGGCCCGGAGGGGCGUGGGGCGGGCGCUGUCGGGCUUCUUCGCGCUCUCGCUGGCGCUGCACCUCCUCACGCUCGGCUGCUAUCUUGAGCUGCGCUCCGAGCUGCGCCGCCGGGAGGCGGAGGCCGCCUGGCCGCCAAGGCAGAGCAGCGCCGCGCGGACCGCAGACGACGAGGACGGGGGGGCGGCGGGCGAGGUCUCCGGUCCCGGCCGGCCCAAGCACCGCUUCGCCCAAGAGUCCGGCAGGCAGCGGCAGCAGCAGCAGGUGGGUCCGGCGGUUGGUUGGUGGGGCGCAGGUGGCGCUGGAGGGGCUGCACGGGGGCCCUGCGGCGCGCUCUCGCCCCUGCAAAGGGGCUGCCAGACUCCAGCUCCCAGCGUCCCUGGUCCCUGGCCGCCACGGCGGGGACUGACGGGAGUUGGAGUCCGAGGGCGGGAGGGUCGCAGGUCCAGAGCUGAAGAGGGAUGGGGAAGCGGGAGGCCGCUGUUGGCCCCAACAACCCUCAGGGAGAUCAUGGUUUGGCAGCCCGCCUUGUGGCGGCGGCGAUGGCGGGGCGGCGGCUUCGUAGAGCAGGCAGUAACUUUUGUGGAGUUGCAGGGAGCCCCGCAGGAUCAUCUAGUCCAGCCACCCUUGCAAUGCAGGACUCAAAAUUAAAAGGUCUCGGACAGACGCUGUCCGAUCUCUGUUUAAAAGCCUCCAGUGAAGGAGGAGACGAUGCCACCUUCUCCCGAGGAGAGCGCUCGUUUGCUGAGUUUAGCACAUAAGCAAGUGAGUGUCUGUGAUUCAUUGCAUUGAGAUUACAAGAAAGGAAAUUUCGACUAAACACUACUUUCUGACAAAGGAGCCAACUCCUAGGGGCCAGGGUCAAUUUGCACCCCCCAUAAAAUAUUUGAGGGGUCUAGCCCUUUGCCCCUAAGUUGUAGGGCCUAAUUGCCCUAAUUGCCAUUCAAAUGAUGUGAUCAAUUAUUUGGGCCGGGGCUUACCUGUCCCCCAGAUUUUAUUCAAAUUGGCACCCCUGCCAUCUGAUGGUAAGAGCCAUCAAUAGUGGAACAGAGACUCCCUCUGAAGAAGUUGGCAGACUCUUUUGCUGGAGGUUUUUAAGCAGAAGUCAGAUGGUCAUAGGACAUAGGUCAUAGGUCAUGGAUGCUUCAGUUGAGAUUCCUGCACUGUAGUGGAUUGGACUAUAGAUGACCCUUUUAGCCAACUCUACAAUUCUAAGGUUCUACAAGUAAUUGUGUCACCCAUGUGAAUGUGAACAUUGUGAUGGUGGUGGUGGUGGUGAGGCAUUCUAUCCACACCACCCCCAAUAAUUAUACCAAUAUGAGACAUUGCAAUUUAUGGUUUCCAGUUGCAAAACACCACCAACUUCCAGGCUGUGCUAAUUAAUUGUGUGCUUGGCAAAGACUGGCCAUGAAAUAGAUGCCUGUUUUCAGCUUUUGAGGAGGAUCCUGCUCUGUUUGCCCAAAUGAACUGACUGGGUCAGUUUCUUUCUUCUGUACUCAAUGAACUUUUCAUUGUUGUUCUUUAAAAAUGCCUUAAGUCUUCCCAAAUGUGAGCAGUAACUUUGGGUUCCUGGUAAAGACCAAAUGAAUAGUUAUGGGCAGCUGCUGUUCUUUCAGGCUGUUACUCUGAUUUCUUCUGAUCUGAUCUGGAGAAGUUGUUGCAUUUUAAGACAAAUAGCCCCAUCUAACACUUAUUUUUAAAAGGAUUAUUCUUUUUGUGCUGGAAUCCUGCACAAAUUUCCCAUUGAGGUGUCUGUUUGGACACUGUGAAAACAGGAUGCUGGACCGGAUGGGUCCCCUUCGGUCUCAUCCAGGAGGGCUCUGCUAAUGCUUUUAUGGAAACGUCAGGUUCAGAGACAGUCUAUUUAGAUCCCUGGGUUCUUAUGGGCAUUUUGCCACUGUGAGAACAGGAUGCUGGACUAGAUGGGCCACUGGCCUAAUCAAACAGCCAGAUUCUUCUAAUGCUCUUAUAAAGUGGUACCUUGGGUUACGUACUUAAUUUGUUCCAGAGGUCCGUUCUUAACCUGAAACUGUUCUUAACCUGAAGCACCACUUUAGCUAAUGGGGCCUGCUGCUGCACCGCCGGAACACAAUUUCUGUUCUCAUCCUGAAGCAAAGUUCUUAACCCAAGGUAAUAUUUCUGGGUUAGCGGAGUCUGUAACCUGAAGCAUAUGUAACCUGAGGUACCACUGUAUUAUCUAUCUAAUCUCUCCCCCCCCCAUUUAAAGUAACAUGUUUUAGCCUAGAUCUGAAGGGGGCUCCUUUGUUUGCUGUAAUAAACUGUAACUGUAGGUAUGAUUUGAUACUUAAAAAGAGCUAUCCGUAUUUUAAAAACGGGUGAAGAAAUUUACCACUAUGGUCAGCAGAGUUGUAUGCAGUCAUCUGGCAGUAUAUUCAACCUUUUCAAAACCAGGACCCACUUUUAAUCCAAACAUGUAUUUCUGGACCUUCUUUUUACUCUAUGUCCGCAAGGUGGUAGGGCUCCUGUUGCAAAUUACCUUGCAUCAGGCCACAAACUGCUAGUGUCUCCUAACCUCCCAGCUGAAGAUCCAAUGCUUUGGAACAAAAGUUUUCAACCUUUUUGAGGUCUUGGCUCCCUUGACCAACUGCAUUCUUUGUGCGGCUCCCAUGUGGGGCUCAGAAGCCCAGUUAUGUCACCCUUUGCCUGCAGAGCUGGCAGCCUCUCACCCUUUUUUGAACACCCUCCCUUGUGGUGGAGUGUUCUCUUAGCCUCUUCUCCUCUCCCCUCUCCUUGGGAGUCCUCAGGGCAGCCACUGCUGCCGCCUCUGAGCUGCUCCCCUGCCCCAAAGAGAGCUCACACGGUGUCCCCCAGGGGCCUGGGAAGAGGAUGCCUCCAGCCUUAGCAGCCCAGCAGAGACUGGCCAAAGGUGAACAUGAGGCCUGCAUCUCACCUUGGGUGCCACCGGGCCUGCAUGGCAGAAGGUCUCCCCUUGGGUGCUGGGUGACCCUUGCCUGUAGAGCGGGCAGCCCCAUACCCUUUAAAACACCCUCCCUUGUGGAGCAUUCCCUCAGCCUCCACUCCUCUCUCAUUGGGCAGCAGCACCCCCCAAAAAGAUGUGCAUCCUCAUGUCGCCCCAUAGGGGCCUGGAAAGAGGAUACCCCCAGACUUAGUGGCCUGAUAGACACUGGCCAAAGGUGAACAUGAGACUUGCACCUUAACUCACCUUGGGAGGCAACAGGGAUCGCUGCCGGGCCUGCAUGGUGGAAGGACUCCUCUUGAGCACUGGGCACUCAGCUCUGAGGCAGGGAUUGUAUACAGCCAGCACAAGAAAAGCCAGUGCGCUGCUUGCUUGCUUGCUUGCUUGCCUGCCUGCCCGGCCUCCCACUUGUCCGCCCAUUUCCAACAGCCAGGGCUGACAGACUGGUUGGCUGGGCUCCCUCACCCACUUGCUUCUUACUCCGAGGCAGCCUCAGCUCCUGGCAGCCAGCACCCCCUGGCCAGCCCCAGAGGCACCAUUCACCUGUGGAGCUUAUAGCCAGGGCUGCUGCAGCAAACAGCCACACAAGUCUUUGGGAGGCAGAUGUGCAAGAGGGCAUCAGAGGAGGGAGGGGAGGAAAGAGGGACAGAGGGCAGUGUUGCCCGUGGCACCCCUGACCAUCAUUCAAGGAACCCCAGGGUGCUACGACACACUAGUUGAAAACCACUGCUCUGGAAUAACAAGAAGCUGUGUUUUUUUAAUGGCAUGAUUUAUUUGUUGCAUUUAUAUCCUGACUUUUUCUCCAAGGGGCUCAAGGUGGCAAACAUGGUUCUCCUCAUUUCAUUUAAUCUCCACAACAACUUUGUGAGGUAGGUUAUGCUGAGAGAGUCGGUGACUGGCCCCCAAGGUUACUCCCACUGAGCUUCAUGGUUGCGUGCGGAUCUGAACUCUGGUCUUUCCUAGGUUCUUGUCUGACACUCUAACCAUCAUGCCACACUAACUCUAACCCAGUGGUUCCCAACUUUUUUUGACCAUGCCCCAUAUAAGCAUCACUAAAAUCCUGGUGUCUCCUCUCUGUGACAUAUAAUUCUUAUUAUUCAAAAAAUGAACUCCUAUUCAUGUAGAGAAAGCUUAAAAGGUCAUUCACUGUUAAUAACUCAUUCUCAAAUUGCCCCCCUUAAAAAUCAAAUUGCCCGCCUUAAAAAUUAAAUUGCCCCCCUGUGGGGUGUGUUGGAGACUACAGCUCUUUCCUCUUGUUCAUAAUUUGACGUAAGCACAGCAAUUCAUAUAGAAGCUGCAAAUGACAAGGAGUCUCAUGGUAAGGCUGACCAGCCCUUGACAAAUUGUCCUGGUCCUGCCCUGAUCCAUGAAAUAAGUCUGCAUUCUGCAUAUCACUCUGCAGGUAGACAAUGGAUAUAUAAGCACUGCUUUAUUUUGGAAACUGAAGCUCCCUGUGUCUGUGUUCCCCUGGCUUCCACUCAUAAUCCAUUAUCUUAUUUUAUUUAUUUGCAUUUACAUACCACCUUUUUUCUCUAAGGAGCUCAAGGUAGUGAGCAUUAUUCUCCCCUCCCCAUCCAAUCCUCAAAACAAACCCGUGAGGUAGGCUAGGCUCAACUAUGAAGCCUACUAGGUGAGCUUGGGGGUAGUCACUGCCUCUCAGCCUAACCUACCUCACAGCCAGUGUUUGAAAUUUGCUAGGCGCACUUUGCACCUGGCUUUCAACCAUUUGCGACCACGUGAAGUUGCCUGGGUGCCAGGAUGGUGCCUGACAUCUUCACCCUCUGGGAAUCAUUGGAUCUUGUGUUUUCACACACUAAUACCCCAUCCUGUAGAACGCUUAUCAGUUAUAUUGCAUCUGCACAAUCAGAAUGAAUUUCUGGAAUAGGCCAAAGUAUAUGUGGACUAUCCCUGGUUCAAGAGACUUUUCUUGUUUAAGUUCUCAAAGCUCUUUACCUAGCUCUUCUGAACUAGCCAGAUAUUUAACUGAGAAUCAAUCACAUUAUUCGAAAAGUAAGACCUUAGAGCUGUCAUUCCUACAAAUGGCAACUAGACAUUCCGUUUUGGUGACUGCAACCUUGGUUUAACGAGACAUUUGGCGCCUUGCUUCUCUAUCUGAGUUUCUAACACCUGUCACAGCAUGGUUGUUGUGGGGAUCAAAUGAGGAGGAAGAGAGAACCCUGGAUGCCACCUUGGGCUCUUUGGAGAUGAAAGGAUGGAAUAGAAAUGCAAAUAAAUAAACAAAUAAACGCCAAGCAAAUUUCAAGCUAAUAAGAGCUUGUGGGUUUAUCAUGCAGGGAUAUAAUGUUCUUAAGCACCUUCAUAAGCAAAAGGAUAAAACCCAUCCAAUUUGCCACUUAAGAGCUUCCCCUGGUGUUUUCCUCUGUUUGCUUAUAGUAUAUGGACCAUUGCCAAGUUUUGUAAGAAAUACCCACAGGCUAAGUUGCAUAUAUCAUGUCUAUUAAAACUGACAGUAAAUCUGUAAACAGUUCUUCCAGAGCACCUCUUGCAUCUUUUCAGAGAGCAGAGCACCCCGUGCAUCUUUUCAGAAUUUGUAUGCUACCUAAUUGUAAAAACCUCUAAGCAGUUUAUGCAAAACAUACAUUAAAAUAAUCAAUAAAAAAGAAGUUAAAAUCAAGUAUUCCUUAAAAAAAAAUCAAAAUGUGAAUAAAACCAGCAGUUUAAAAUAUAUAUUAUUUUUAAAAUUAUAUUAACAUGCAUGUCUGCUUUACAUAACUUGGUGCAUCAGGAGUGGCUCAGGAUUCCAUGUCUGCCAUGGCAACCAUGGGUCUGUCCCAAAUAAUUUCUGGCCCGGUCCAUGCUGCAGGGCACAGUCUGGAUUUGGUUUUCCUGUCCUGAAUUGGUUGGUGGUAACCUUAAGAGUGGAGGAACUUUCUAUAGUUCCAUUGUCAUGGUCAGAUCACUACCCGGUGGAGUGUUGACUCACUGGAACUCAACCUCUGCAGUGGUGGGGGACCAACUACGAUAGUGGCUCUUGGGGAGUUUCCUAUUUCCUUGGCAGGCAUUUUUUUUGAAGUAGGGUUGCCAUAUUUUGACAAGCAAAAAAAGAGGACACAUUUGCCUUAUGACCAUGUGCUCUGGCACACAUCACGAUGCCCUGUUGCGCCAGAAGCAGUUUAGUCAUGCUGGCCACAUUUCCUGGAAAGCUGUCUGUGGACACACACCGGCUCCCUUGGCCUAAAGUUAGAUGAGCACCACACCCCUUGGUCGCCUUACCAGUGGUGUCCAAGCUUUUCUCAAAGAGGGCCAGAUUUGAUGAAGUGAAGGGCUGUAAGGGCCGACCAAAGUUGUUAACCUUUUUUUAGGAUUGAAGUUGUUGAGCUUUUUUAUGAUUUUUACCCCAAAGUUGUUGAGGGUUUUUUUUUUAGGAUUUUACCCUAGGAAAUAAACUGCCACAGGGGCCAGAUUAACCAUCCAGGGUUCCUUUACCUUUUACUGGGGAAUUAGCUCUCAACGUUAAUAACCCCUGCCAGGCCAACCAGCCCGCAAAACAAGCACUGCAGUGGUUAAGAAUUACUAAUAUAGCCCACUCAGUUCAGUAGCAGCCAUUAAUAUGUUAAGUCUGCCUAUAAAAAAAUAAUGUUCAGGCAGGUUUUAAUCAAUUCCCAGAAACAGAAAAAGCAUUACAAACAAAUUACAUGACAAAUAUUUUUAAAGCUGAAAGCUCAUUAAGGGGGAUGUGCACUUUAAUUGUGCCUUAAAAUGGCAAACAUUUUGCUCAUAAAACUCAGCUCAACCAUUAUUCCGAUGAGAUUGAGACCUCUUCCUCCUCCGGCUAGCAGGUAGCAAAAGAAAUACAUGAGCGUGUGCUUGUGGGGUGAGGGGUAGGGGGCUGGCGAACAGAAGAGAAGGGCAGGCAGGGCAGAGGGGGCAGCAGCCACAAGCUGACAUUGGUGGGACACAGUUUUCAAUCCCCAUGUUUACAGGCGGUUGUCAGGUUUGCAGAUGCAGGUGGGGGGAAGCAGGGUGUGCCUGCCAUUAAGCCACUGCGCAAGGAGAGAGGCACUUGAGGAGAACAGAGCCAAGGAGACCUGGAGCCGCUGCAGGAGAGGGCGAGUGGUGGACUUGUCUCACAUGCCACAUUUGGCUGGGUUAGGCAGGGUGGGGGGAGAGAAGACGUGAUGAUUAUUAUUUUUUUUAAGAAAGGAAAGCAAAAUUUGGCAAGAGCCUGAUUAAAACAAAGGCACAUUUGCACUGGGGCCUAGAGCAGGGCAAGGACUCUUCUGAAACGCACCACCUCCCUCCCUCAUCACUGCACGGCUGCAUGAUGCACCACCUGGAUGCGGCAGGCAUUUGGGGCCUUACCUUUCCGCCUAUUUGCAUACACCAUACUCUCCUCAAUACCCCCCCCCCCGGCCGCCUUCCGUUCUCUCCCUGCCUCCCCCCCCCCCGACAAAUAAACAUUAGACAGUUUUACCCAACAGCAGCCAACCUACAUUUUAAAUCCUCUUUGGCCGAUUUGAAAGGUAUAGCUUCGUUUUGGUACACACACCCUGCCACACAGUCCAAAUAUGCCGUGCUUUCCUGCUGACUUUCGACUGGGGCGAAAGCCUAACGUCUAAGCCUCCCCACCUUAGUCUUCCAGCCAACCACCACACCAUUUCAAAAGCAAGACUAUUUGGGUAAAGGAAGCAGCGUGGGGAAACCACUGAUUAAACGUUCACGAUCCAAUCAGUGUUGUAACGGCAGGGGUGCUUUUCGUGCCCAUGUGUGGCAUUAGGUGCAGCGAAGUUAGUAAGACUUACUCACUUCAGCUCUGCUGGAAAAACCCAAUUUCCUGAGCACACCCACGGGAAAGUGGGGGCAUGCGGCAGUGGCACCCUCCCCUCACUUCUUCUUUUCUUUUCCUUCAAUAAAGGUAGUUCCUUUUUUUUUUUUUAAAUGAUAUUUAUUGAAAUUUCAAAGAAUACAAGAAUUACACAAAAACAAAAAGUAAAAAUACAAGAAAAUACAAAAUACAGAAAAAAGAAUUAAAAAAAACCCGUAAAAAGAAAAAGAAAAAUAGAUCAAUCUUUCCAUAACUUACAUUCAUAUCCUUGUUUCCACCCAUGCCCAACGCGGGCGUCUUUCCCAGCAAGCAAGGCCUUGGAUGUCUCACGCUCGAUUUUGAAAGCCCCAUCCCACCAUGCUUGCUCGCUUGCUUGCUCUCUACUGCUGCUGCUUGCAAGCCGCUGCCUCGGCUGCCAGAGUUUCUUCUGCCACUUCGGCACCUGCCUAUGAUAAAGCUGCAGAGCUCUCCAAAGCAGCAGUAGCACCACCACCACUGGACACUGCGUGCCCAUUCUUCGUCCCAGAGCAGCCGCCAUCAGCGGCCUCCUGGACAGCAUAGACCAGAUGUACUCAGGCAGCAGGAAAAAAUCUGGGCAUUUUGCAUUAUUUUAAAAAUCCACCUGGGCAGAAAUUUUAAAGUUUAAAAAGAGAACGUAUCCGGGGGAAAUCCGGACAUACACUCACCUUAUUUCAAGCUCUGGUAGACCUUUGGGAUGGAGAAAUGACCUGGGUGGCAAACAGGCCCAUGGUUCUCUAGGGAGCUGGUGAUCAUGCAGUAUGUGAGAUGAUUUUGGCGGGAACUCUGAAUGAGUCCGAACAAACACAGGCGAUUUGAAGGCCUAUUUUGUAUGGCAUUGUGGCAUCAAAUAAAUCUUUUCCUCUGCCACCAUUGCAUCAGCGAGGAGCCAUCCAGUAAAACUGUUUUGGAUGGUCAGGGGUAUUUUACACUCUGGCCCACAUGAGGAGAAUUUAGACCACUUGAUGGCUCACUGUGAACAAUUUGCUCAGCAGUUCACUGAGAAGAUUGCUUGGCUCUGUUCUGACUUGGAUGCUAGAGUAGAUAUGCAUGUAACCUUGGCCCCUGCUCGUCCAGUGUUAAUAGAUACUUUUCGAUUUGUGGAUGUGGGCAGGAUCCUGGAAGUGUGAGAGCAAACACAUCUGUACCUUUCCUGGCUCAUCAAAAGUGGGUGAGGGGAGUGGUCACAGCCUCCUUACAACUAGGCAAGGAUGCAGUGUUCCUAAAGGAGGCAGCUAUAAGACCUCUGCUGAAAAAGCCCUCCCUGAAUCCCACUGCAUUGGAUAAAUAUUGGCCAGUCUCCAAUAUCCCACUUCUGGGCAACUUACUGGAGCGUAUCAUCUCAGUUCCGGGGGUUUCCGGAGGAGACAGAUUAUCUAGAUCCAUUUCAAUUUGGUUUCAGACCUGGUUAUGGGACAGAGAUGGCUUUGGUCAUCUUGAGAACUGGACAUGGGAAGCAUGUCCCUGUUGGUUCUGCUGGAGCUUUUGGUAGCUUUCAAUACCAACAACCAUGGUAUCCUGCUGGGCCACCUUUCUGGGAUAGGACUUGGAAGCACUAUAAAUUGUAUGAAAUCUGGCUUGGUGGCAAAUCACAGCCAGUUAGGCCUCUAAACAGAGGGUAUGCUCUGUUGACAGUAUCAGUCUGCAGCAUUCCAGACAAAGUGGAAUUCCCAGCUUCAUAGUCUCCAGUAGCUGGACCACUGCAGCCGAGCUCUCCUGAUCCAGGUGUGGCUGCCACUGUCUUGCCAGCCACCACAGGUGAAAGGCAUUCAUAAAAUGAUGGGACAGGAGGAGUAUAUAACAUAAGAUGUGCCCGCUGGAUCAGGCCAAUGGACCAUCUACAUAAUCAUGUUCUCACAGUGGCCAACCAGAUACCUCAGAUGGAAACCCACAGGCAGGAUUUGAGCACAAGAGCAGCACUUUCCCCUCCUGUGGUUCUCUGCAACUGGUAUUCAGAAGCACAGCUAUAACUGUAAAAGCUGGUAGCCAUGGAUAGCCCUCCAUGAAUUUGUUUAUUUCUCUUUUAAAGCCAUCUUGGUUGGCUGCCAUCACUGCCUCCUUUGAUCAUGAGUUCCAUAGUUCUUAGAAUCAUAGAGGAGUUGAAGUGGCCCUGAGGGUUGUCUAGUCCAACCCCCUGCAAUGCAGAAGUCUCUACUAGAUCAUAUGUGGCAGGUGGCAAUCCAACCUAUGCUUAAAAACCUUCAAGGAGGGAGAGUCUACCAUCUUCCGAGUUUGUUCCACAGUUCUUACCAUCAGAAAGCUCUUCCUGACAUUUAGUCAGAAUCUCCUUUCUUGUAACUGGAAGCCAUUGUUUCAGGUCCUUCUGGAGCAGGAGAAAACAAGCUUGCUCUGUCUUCGAUUUGAAAGCCCUUUAGGUAUAACAUCUCCUCUCAGAGUCCUCCUAUCCAGGCUAAGCAUACCCAAAUCCCUCCACUGUUCCUCCUAAGGCUUGAAAAAGAAGAAUCUGUAUUAUGGUCAUAGGCCGGCAUAAGGUAAAAGCACCUACAUACAUAAGUAGAGCAUGCUAAAUAGGCAAUAGGGCAACUAUAGAAGUAAGGGGUACAUAUACUCAUUCUCUCAGUUACGACAGACCUGCAAAAGAUAAAAACAGGUUUUGUUUCCUUUAUCAUCUUGGUUACUCUAGUCCACACACAUUAUAAAGACGAUGUUGAACAACAUCGGGCCCAGGACAGAACCCUGUAACACCCUACUUGGGACUUUUUUCCAGGAUGAGGAACCUUUAGUAAGCACUCUUUGGGUUUGGUCAAUUAACCAGUUACAAAUCCACCUAACAGUUACCAGCUUCUCUGCAAGAAUGUCAUGGGGAACUUUGUCAAAAGCAGUACUGAAAUCAAGAUACACUAUGUCCAGAGCCUUCCCCCGAAGUGUCUGGAGGUUCUAGUCCUUUUCAAAAUAACAAAUUAUAUGUAAUCUUCUCCACUAGAGUUUAUUUCAGAGUGAGUGGUACCAAGCAUCCAGCGUAAGGUUUUGUGAUGUUUUCCAUUGUGUUUCAAUGACUACUUGUGCUCUGAAGAUCAAAUAUACAACCAAUUCUUUUGACAUAAAACAUAUUUAGUAACAUUAAUUUUAAACAAGAAACAAGGGUUUCUUUAGUAUUAUUUAUCAUUUCUGUCAAAAUUAAAUCCCCUCCAAAUCUUGCACCUACUUACAUUCCCACCAUAAAUGAUAAUCACAGGGAAUAUUGGUAGUUUAUUAAUUAUGGCAAAUGUGCUUGAGAUACCCAAAAACUGUUUCUAAGAAUUGGAUGAUCCAGACCUGGGCUACGGCCCCUCUGCAUCAAUUCUCCCUGGACCUUUGCUUUGACAGCCCCUCGAGACAUAACCCAAAGGGCACAAUAGUGACCCGCAUUGCAAGAUCAAUGCAGUCCUAGUUUGUGUGCAAAAUGCAACACAAUUCUUCCAACAGAAAGUGCUGUAGAGGCGUCACAUACUGAGUUACUAAACAUAUAAAAGUUAUUCUGAUUUUUGGCAAACUCUCCUGCCUUUGGGCUUCAUGGAUCUAAUCCAGGAGAUGAAUUCUGGAAUCAACAGUGUCUCCAACUCAAGGGGCUCUGCUGAGAGCUUGCCAGCUAUUACUAUUUCCAAGGAGAGUCUAAACUAUUCUUUCAGAAAAAAAUAUCUGAGCUAAACCUGUCAAACACCAGUGCAUGUUUUUCCAUAACAAGUGACUCAAGGAGCCUUGUCUCAGCCCCAUUACAAAAGAGUAUUUAUCUGGUGCCGAUGGCAACUUGCUCGAAACAGACAUAAUGCUCAAACAGGCAUAGGAUUGUAGGGUUGGUUGGAAAGGACCCACAAGGUUCAUGUAGUCCAACCCUCUGCAAUGCAGGAAUCACAGCCUAAGAUUCCCUGACAGGUAGUUAUCCAACCUAUGUUUAAAAACUUCCAAUGAAUCAUAGAAUUGUAGGGCUAGAAGGGACCUCAAGGGCCACCAUGUCCAGUCCCCUAUCAUGCAGGAAUUGCAAACUAAACUUUUAGCAAGGAACAAGGACUUGACAGAAUAGUAUUUUUUUCUCCAUUCAGUAGAUUUUGGUCACAUCUCAAUUCCAGGGUUUUGCUGCCUCUGUCCUGUGGUCCAUUCAGGUUAUGGGAAGGAGAUCGGCUUGGCAACCAUGAUGGAUGACCUAACACCACAAACUAGGUGGAGGGGAAAGUGUGUUUCUGAUGGUUAUGGUGAACCUCCUUUUGUAUUCCUUCUUUAUAUUACAAAUUGGCUGUCAUGAGCCAGAGUCAAGAGUAGGUCAGUAAUAAAAUACCCGGUGUCAGUGUAGUUAACUCUUAAUUCAAAUAAAUUAGUGCAGGCCUAGUGAUCGCAGCAACUCUUCCCAGUAGGUCUUGCCUCGAUGAGGCAGUUGCGAGGACUGCCCCACGUUCCCACGAUGUCUAAGGCUCCUCCCCCAGCAACCCAAGGCUUUAUCUUCUUGCCUCUCAUUGCUCCACCCUCUUCAUUUCUCUGCAUGUUCUGGGAGAACAGGAGGAAGGGGGACCACGUUGCAGCAGGAGGGGGAGAUGCCCUGGCUUCUUCAGCAGCCUGCCUCAUCUCUAUCUCCUGGCUCCCCUUUUCUCCUUCCUCUGCCUCUGGACCACUCUCUGCCACAGCCUCUUCCUGCUCACUAAACCCUGUUACCUCUUCAGCUUCCGACACCUUCUCCUCCCAGUCAACCCCCUCUUUUCCCUCCCAGCUGCCCACCAGGUCAGAGUGCACCAUACACCACUGAUUAUAGGAGCGCAUGCUAAUUCUUAUCCAGGAGCCCAUCCUUAAAGUUCCCUGCUGUAGCCCCAUCUGCUUACUCAAGCAACUGUCUACUGUACAAUUUAAUGCCAACCUCCUUCCCUUGCAGCAAGACGGCUCCUUGCUCCUCCCUGGUCCUCCUUGUGCUUUUAAAGGGACCAGUGUACCUGCCAGAUACCAUAUAGGCCCACUUAACCCGCCUUAUACCAUAUAGGCCCACUUAACCGCUUCAACCAGCAGCAGUGACAUUGUUAUAGGUGCCACAUAAUACCCGUCAUUUAGUGUGGCAGCACCUGCACUUUGGAGCUUCCUGCCUUUGACAUCAAGCAGGGAGCCCUCACUCUAUUCUUUUCGGUGCCUGCUAAAAACAUGAUUCUAUGAAAAAUCAUUACCUGUGAGUCCUGCAUUACAAUGGGGUUGGGCUAGAUGAACCUCUGGGGGUCCCUUCCAGCCCUAAAAUUCUAUGAAUGUUCUGGAGAACUGAACGCUACUUGCCAGCCGCACCUAUCAGCUUUUGCAAUCUGACUUCUUGCAUCAAUCAAGAGGCGAAACCUCAGCCGUAAUUUGAAGCAGCGUUCCAGUGGGGCUCAUUAUGAGUGGCAGGCACGGUGCAAAGUUUGCUGAGCUCAGGCCCCUUUGAGGUUUAGGCUGCAAAAAACUCCAGUGAAACCACAAGAAAGGCCGAGGGUGCAUAAUUGAGCAGGUGGAACAAAUUUGUUAAAUCUGUUAUUAAGGGAGGGGGGUACAGCAACUUGCUUUCAAGCAGUAAAUCAAUCCGUGGCUCGUUGUUCCUUCAGUUGCAGGAAGACUGCGAGGAGUCUAAAAAUAUCAACAAAUGGCAAGCAAAAAUCCCUAAAGAACUGCUUCGAAUUAGCGCCCCAAGGUUGCCAGGGCUGGUGACGCGGCACAGUUCAAAGUGUAUUGAGACAUCUCUCACGACACAGAUGUUGAUGGUGAGAGUCGAUGUGCAGAAUUAGCUUGGGCUUCAGAUAAAUGAAAUGUAACUGCGGCUUGUGGACCCAGCCAGGAGUCAUAGGUCUCAUUUAUGCUGUAUCUGCACCAGAAACUGAUAACGUGUUCAGUAACUGUUUCAUUACCAUCAGCGCUUAGUUAAACUAUGGGACUAUCUACUGCAGGAGGCAGUGCUGGCCGCAAACCUAGAUGGCUUUAAAAGAAGACUGGACAAAUUCAUGGAGGGCUCGGCUAUUGAUGGCUGUUAGCCAUGGUGGCUAUGCUCCUCCUCCAUGGUCAGAAGCAGCAAUGCUUCUGAAUACCACUUGCUGGAAACUGCAAGAGGAGAGAGUUGUCCUUGUCCUUGAAUCCUGCUUGUGAGUUUUCCCUAAUAGGCAUCUGGUCAGUCACUGUGAGAAGAGGAUACUGGAUUGGAUAGUUCCCCAUACCUGAUCCUGCAGGCUGUUCUUAUAUGAAAUACUUGCUAUCCUGCUGGAGGAACGCCCUGCAUUAUGUUAGUGACUUCUGCAGGAUGAGCUACACUUCCCAGUUUGGCCUCAUCUGCAAAUUUGAUGAGCAUCUCCUCAAUUCAUUCAUCCAAGUUGUUCCCUCACUGCAAGAAGUGAAGUUACAGGGAACCAGGCAGAAGGCCUUCUCAGUAGAAAUGCCUUCUCCGUGGAACGCCCUCCCAUCAGAUGUCAAACAAUAAUAUGACUUUUAGAAGACAUCUGAAGGUAGCCCUGUACAGGGAAGGUUUUAAUAUUUGAGAUUUUAUUGUGUUUUUAAUUUUCUGUUGGGAGCCUGCCCAGAGUGACUGAGGCAACCCAGUCAGAUGAAUGGCAUAUAAAUAAUAAAGUAAUAAUUAUUAUUAUUAUCAUCAUCAACAUCAUCAAGAUCAAGACAUUUAGCAACAACAGGCCCAGGACAGAACCUUAAGGCACCCCUCUUGUCACUUUUUUCCAGGAUGAUAAGGAACCAUUAGUGAGCACGCUUUGGUUUUGUCAGUCAACAAACUACAAAUCCACCUAACGGUUACCUUGUCCAGCCCACAUUUUACCAGCUUCUCAUGGGAACUUUUAUCAAAAGCCUUACUGAAAUCAAGAUACACUAUGUCCACAGCAUUCCCCUGAUCCACCAAUGCUAUCAAAACAGGGAAGCAUGUCUGGCAUGACUUGCUUUUGGGAAACCCAUGCUGUGUCUUAGUAAUCACAGCAUCCUUUUCUAAGAGCUCACAGACCAACUGCUUAAUUACCUGUUCGAGGACCUUUUCUGAAAUCAGUGUCAACCUCACCAGUCAGAAGUUACCUGGGUCUUCUUUCCCCCUCUUUCUGAAGAUGGAGGCAACAUUUGCCUGCAGGGACCUCACCUAUUCUCCAUGAAUUAUCAAAGAUUAUAGACAGAGGCUCUGAUAUGAUAUCCGUGAACUCCUUCAGUACCCUUGGGUGCAACUCAUAAGGGCCUGGAGAUUUGAAUUCAUUUAAAGUAGCUCACCUCUUUUCUUAUCUUGGGCUACAGCUCCCUCCUUACAUCAUUUAUUCUGUUACCACUGGGUUGGGUACUGCUUUCUUUUUGGGUGAAGACAAAGGCAAAGUAGGGGUUGAGCAGUUCCACCUUCUCUGUGUCAUCCAAUAGCAUUUCUCUUCUCCAUGCACAGGACCUGUUACUUGCUUGUUCUUCCUCUUGCCUUGAAUGAAUCCAAAUAACCUCCGUUGCAAGAAGCCUGAGUUCAUUCUGAGCUUUAGCUCGCCUAAUAUUCACCCUACAACUUUUGGCUCUUUGUGUAUACUCCUUUGUGAUUUCCACUUUCUUACAUUUCUUAUACAUGCCGUUCUUAAAUCUCAGCUCAUCUUUAAGCUCCUUAUGCAGCUAUACUGGUUUCUUUAGAUACCUCCCACUUUUCUUGUUGAAAUUGCCUGCAUUUGGACAUUCAGUAUUUCAGCUUCAAGAAACUACAAUCCAUCUUGGACUGUCCUUCAUUGGUGCUUUUUAAACAGGCGCAGGAAUGUAUGUAUGUCAUGCAUUCUUAAGCUGUGAUACCUGCAUUGCAAGGGGUUGGACUAGAUGAUCCUUGGUGUCCCUUCCAACACUACAAUCCUAGGAUUCUAUUCUAUGAGGUGUUUACAACUGUUAUAGAGUGUGAAACAUUGGGCUUCUUUUCUGGAAGGGGGAAUAGAAUGUAUUUUGUACGUUUCAUCUUAGCUGGGUUGCUUGAGCAUCCGAGAGGCAAAAUAAGCUGUUGCUUAAAUGAAUUCCAUUCACAUCAACUUGUUCUUUGGCUGUGAAGUUGCUUUUCUUUUUGGUUUGCUGUUUUUCAUCUCUGAAUCGUUUUCUUCUUCUUCAUUCCUCUAAUCCCUUAAAUUGUUUAUCUAAGAUUUUUCUCAGAUUUGCAAAUACCAUCCUCUUUAGUAAGCGGUACAAGGAAUGGCUAAUGUAGAUAAUAUCAUGUUUCUGGCUUUGCCGUCUUCCUAUGAUGGAAAGCCUAGAAACUAAAAAAUAAAAGUUGUGGAGCCUGCUCCGGUCUCAUGUUUGCUGGAAUCCCUAGGAGGAGCGGAAUGAGGUUGUUGUGGACUGCAGAUUCUGUUUGCUCUGUCCAACAGGCCACUUCAACAAUACCCCUAUGAAGAAAGGUUGCACCCUAUAGGACUUUUUAGUUUUGAGAAAAGGUGAGAAAGAGGCAAUGUGAUAUAAAAUUAGACAUGGCAUGGAGAAAGUGGAUAGAGGAAAAUUUUUCUCCCUCUCUUAAAAGAUAAUCGGGGUGCUGCAGGCAACACUGGCCUCUGUCCCUCUUUCCUUCCCUCCCUCCUCUGAUACCCUCUCGUGUCUCUGCCUCCCAAAGGCUUUUGCGGCUGUUUGCCUCAGGUUCAUCUUUGGUCAUCUCCAUCAGGCUCCUAAGUCUGGGGGCAUCCUUCUUCCAGGCCCCUGUGAGGCGACAUGAGGCACCUCUCCUUGGAAUGCGUUGGGGUGCUGCCCAGAGGACUCCCACUGAGAGAGGAGGCGAGGCUGAGGGAACACUUCACAAGGGAGGGAAUUCGAAAAGGGGUGAGGGGCUGCCUGCUCUACAGACAAGGGGUGACAUAACUAGGCUUCUGAGCCCCACAGGGGUGCCGCAGAAAGAAUGUAGUUGCUCAAGAGAGCUGUGGACUCAAAAAGGUUGAAAACCUCUGGAUUAGACAAAUCCAUUGAGAAAGAGGGUUAUUAAUGGCUUCUAGCCACAAUGGUUAUGCUCUACCCAGAAAAAGCUCAUUAAUGGUUCCUCAACAUCCUGGAAAAAAGAAACAAGUGGGGUACUGUCCUGUCCCUCUUGUUGUUCAAUAUCAUUAUAAACAACUUGGAUGUAGAAAUUGAGGAGAUGCUCAUCAAAUUUGCAGAUAACACCAAAAUAAGAGGGGUAGCUAAUGCCUCAGAAAACAGAACCAGGAUUCAAUAUGACUUUAACAAAUUGGAGAACUGGGUUCCAACUAACAAAAUGAAUUUCAAUAGGGACAAAUGUCAGGUUUUACACUUAGUCAGCAAAAGCCAGCUGCACAAAGAUAAGCUGGGGGACACCUUGCUUUCCAGUAGUACAUGAGAAAAUGAUCUGGGUUCUUAGUAGACCACAAGCUUAACAUGAGCCAACAGUGUAAUGCAGCAAAAAAAGUGAAUGCUAUUCUAGGCUGCAUCAACAGAAGUAAUAGGCUGCAUCAAGGGAAGUAAAAGUCCCACUCUGUUCUGCCCUAGUCAGAUAACGCCUGGAGUCCUGUGUCUAUUUCUGGGCGCUAAAGUUUAAGAAUGGCAUUGACAAGCUGAAGUGUAUACAGAAGAGGGCAACCAAGAUGAUGGAGGGUCUGGAAAUCAGUCCUUAUGAGGAACAGUUGAGGGUUAGCCUGGGAAAGCGGAAUCUGGGAGGAGAUAUGAUAGCCAUUUUCAAAUGUGUAAAGGGCUUUCACAUGCAAGAUGGAGCAAGCCUGUUUUCUCCUGCUCCGGAUUUUAGGACCCAAACCAAUAGGCUUCAAGUUACAAGAAAGAAGAUUCUGACUAAACAUCAGGAAGAACUUUCUGAUGGUUAUGAGCUGCUUAACAGUGGAACGGACUCUCCACCAUUGGAGGUUUUAAAGCCAAGGUUGGAAAGCCCCCUGCAUUGCAGGGGGUUGACUAGAUGGCCCUCUGUCUCCCUUCCAAUUCUACAAUUCUAUGAUUAUACCUCCACAAUCUGAGGCAGCAUUGCUUCUGCAUGCCUGUUGCUGGAAGGCACCGGAGGGUAGCGUUCUGCUUGCAAGCUUCCCAUUGGGGCAUCUGGUUGGCCACUGUGAGGACAGGACACUGGCACUAGAUGGGCCAUUGGCCUGAUCUAACAGGGCUCUUCUGAUGUGCUUAUGGAAUCUCCAAGUCCAACAGCAGCCUAUUUCAUUUCCUAGUCUCUUAGGGUUAUUUGGCCACUGGGUGAACAGGAUGCUGAACUGGAUGAAACAUUAGCCUCAUCCAGCAGGGUUCUUCUUACUUUCUUAUGUUCUCUGUGUCUUGGUUUGUUAAGAGGAAAAGCUCCUGCAAGCAUCCGAGGAAUCACUCCUCCUCAGAUAAGCUGCUCCACAUCUUUAUUUUGGGUUUUCUUGGGCCAUGGGAUUUCAAAAGGGAAUCGUUUUAUAGCCCCACAACUGAACUCAAUUGCGGAGUCAGAGACCUUUAAUGGGAUUUUCCUUUUAUCACUAGCAAAGUUUUUACGGGAAAUUAAUUUUUCUCUAGCGACUUAUUAUGCAGAGUUGCUCUUUAAUGCAGACAGCUGUCACCCAGCUGUGAGCCAUCUGGAGUGCAGAGUGAGGAAACAUCUGGAUGCUUUAAGUCUGUUCGAUGCUGUAGUGCUUAACUGGCUCAUACUCCGUGUCUUAUGGCACAAAAGCUUGUCCAACACUCUGCUUGCUUGUCUGACACGAAGGAAGUAGAGCUUUUAACAUAGAAUCAUGGAAUUGUAGAGUUGGAACAAUCUCUCAAGGGCCAUCUAAUCUAAUCACCUGCUAGGCAGGAAUCACAGUCAAAGAAUCAGAUUCAUCAUUCAGUUAUAGACCUGGAAGGUCUAUAAUGGGUCAUCCAGUCCAACCCCCUGCAAUGCCAGAGCUCAGUGGACUAGCUUUAGGGAAGGAACGUCAAUGACAGCUUGCAAAGUGAGGAGUGGGGACCGUCCCCUUGCAUCAGUUGAAGAGAACUACAGCUUAAUUGAGUUCUCCAUAUGUAGUUGAUUGAAACUGGGGUCUCUCUUGGGUUUCAGUUGCAGAGUCUUCCAUGUCCAACUUGGAUGGCGUUAGAAAAGGAGGUUAGAUACAUUCGUGGUCAAUAAGGCUAUCCAUGACUGCUUCUCGUGAUUAUCACAGAAUCAUAGAAUUUUAGAGUUGGAAAGGGACAUCAAGGGUCGUCUAGACCAACUACCUGCAAUGCAGGGCUCACAGCCAAGGAAUCGCUGAGGAGUGGCUAUUCAACCUCUGCUUUAAGACCUCUAAUGAAGAAGAGUCCAUUAUAUUCUACCGGAGACGACAAUACUCUGAAUAUCAGAUGCUGGCAAUUACAGACAGGGCAAGUCACUGUGGCUCUCAGCUCUUGCUUGGGCGCUUCCCUCUGUGGCACUCAGCUGGCCACUGUAAGAACAGGAUGCUGAACUCAGGCAGGCCUCUGGUCUGCUGCAGCUUGCUUGUUUAUUACAUUUUUUAAAACAUUUUUUUCAUUUGAGGAACUCAGAAGUGGUGGACAUGGUUCUCCAACUCCCCCUGUUAUCCUCACAACAACACAGAGAUGGAUUGGGGUGGGGGGCAUUGAUUGCCCCUUGGUCACACAGAAACACUAACCACUACACAUUGGCUUGUUUCCUCCCUUCUCAUCUCAUUUAAACACUGCUUUCAGAUUUCCUACAAUAGUCUGGUUCGUCUCUGUGACAAAAGAAUGCUGGACUAUAUUGACCACUGUUGGCCUAAACCAACGGACAGGUUCUUCUUAUGGAACCUCCAAGGUCCAGAAGCAGUUUUAGAUCUGGAAGCCGCUGGGGGACCCCGAGGGCAACUAGACCUUUCCAAAUGGAACGUUGAGUCAAUCAUUGGGCCCCACUCAUAAGCCUUGUUUUUGCUGUUCCAGACACUAGCAGGAUGAGACUCCGUGCCACAACAGGGUGAAUCGAUGAGAGAUCUGAAGCAAGCUCAGACUUGGCAUGUGGGACUGGAUCUGGAUUGCAGCCCUUAGAUUUGCCAGAAAGAGUCUUAGACAUAGCCGCGGGCAAAUGGGCUUAACAAACAACACUCUUGUAUCCCUAGCAAAGAGCUCAACUAAACAUUGAGGUUCAUGCAUCUAAGAACAUAAGAAGAGUUCUCUUGGAUCAGGUCAGUGGCCCACCUAGUCCAGCAGCAUCAAAUCUCAGUGGCCUAAGAAUUGAGACAGACUGCCCCUGCACUUGGAGGUUCCAUACAAAAACAGGAAGACCCUGGUUGUUGGAUCAGGCUAAUGGUUCAUCCAGCUCAGCAUCCUGUUCUCUCAGUGGACAACCAGAGGCCUGUCAUGGGGAACCCACAAGCAGGACCUGAGCACAAAAGCAGCACUCUCCUCUCCAGCAAUGGCGAUUCAGAAGCAUUGCUGCCUCUGACCAUGGAAGCAAAGCAGACGUAUCAUGGCUAGAAGUUAUUUAUAGCCCUGUCCUCUUCCAUGAAUUUGUCUAAUCCUCUUCUAAAGCUGUCUUGGUUUGUGGCCUUUACUGCCUCUUGUGGGAAUGAGUUCCAUAGAUUUACUUAGAAGGACUUCCUUUCAUCUGCUUUGAAAAUAUCAACAUUCAGCUUCAUUGAAUGUCCACAAGUUCUGGUGUUACGACAGAGGGAGGAAAGCUUUUAUCUCUUCCCUUUUUCCAUCCACUUUAAAGAGUAGACUAAGGCUUAUAAAAUUAUGCAUCGUAUGGAGAAAGUUGAUGGAGAAAAGUUCAGUUGGCCACUGUGAGAACAGGAUACUGGACUAGGCAGGCCAUCGGCCUGAUCCAGGACUCUUCUGAUGCUCUCAUGGAACCUCCAGGCCCAGAGGCAGUCUAUCUAGAUUCCUAAGUUCUUAAGGGCACUUGACCAAUGUGGGAACAGAAUGCUGGUCUAGAUGGGACAUUGGUCUGAUGCAGCAGGCUCUUUGUAUAUUCUUACAUUCCAUGUUAGCAAGUUAUUAUCUUCAGGUCUCAAAAACCUUUGCCUGUUAGGUUAACAGAAAAUAAUGGUGAUGUUUUUUAAAAAGUAACAGGACUAUUGAGUCAAGAAUGUCAUUGGCCACCAGCCUGCCUUUGGGGUAGGCUGGCUGGCUGGAGAAGGAAGUGGAGAAUGAGAAGGACUCUCCAGUUAGAGCUUGGAUCAAAUGGAGCUUGAAACGCUGAUCCUAAGUAGGCAUGCCAGUUUCUGUAAAAUGAAUGAGUACCGUAUUUUUCGCUCUAUAAGACGCACCAGACCACAAGACGCACCUAGUUUUUGGAGGAGGAAAACAAGAAAAAAAAUACUCUGAAUCUCAGAAGCCAGAACAGCAAGAGGGAUCGCUGCACAGUGAAAGCAGCGAUCCCUCUUGUUGUUCUGGCUUCUGGGAUAGCUGCGCAGCCUGCAUUUGCUCCAUAAGACGUACACAUAUUUCCCCUUACUUUUAGGAGGGAAAAAGUGAGUCUUAUAGAGCAAAAAAUACGGUAAACUGUAGAGUUGGAAGGAAUCCCCAAGUUUCAUGUAGCCCAACAUCCUGCAAUUCAGGAAUCACAGCCUAAGAAUCCCUGACAGGUGGCCAUCCAACCUCUGUUUAAAAACCUCCAAUGAAUAAUAUAAUCAUAGAGUUGGAAGGGACCCAAAGGGUUAUCUACUCCCAACUCGCUGCAGACGGUUUGGACUGGAGACCCAGUCUAGUGGUGGGGGUGCUUGGUGGGGCUAAUGUUCUACUAAGCUGACAUCAGGGCUGGCUUGGGAUCAGUAUGCAAGCCUUUUGCUUCCUUGGUUAGUGUGGCUCUUCCUCCUUAAUGCUCAUAUUGUUUGCAUUGGUCCUGGCUGGAUGAGGAACAUUUGAGGAAGUUGGGGAUGUUUAGCCUGGAGAAGAGGAGAUGAUUGAGAGGGGAUAUGAGAACCAUCUUCAAAUAUAUGAAGGGCUGUGAUUCUAUGAAUUAGUAAAGUUGAAGUAGCUUUGUGGUUGAGUCCUGUGUUCCUGAGUUGUUGGCAUUUGUCUGUCUCCAGAGACAAUGGAGUGCACCGCUGGGCUGCAGAGUGUGCAUGUGAAGUUAAGGCCUCUCUGUGAAAACCUUCCUUCUGGCAAUGAAACAAAGGGGGGUUUGGCGGCCGCCAUAUAUUUCAUCUGCAUCUGAAAGCAGUCGCUGAUAUAGAUCAGCAGAGCCCUGUUUUCUGCCAAGGCACAGGAAGCGUUAUCUGUGUCAAGGAAGUUUACCCACUGAGAUCGGUAAAGGAAAAAAGAGUGGGAUAGAGAAAAAGUUUUUUUUAAGAGAUUAAUUGAAUGAAUCACUGGGUUUGUUGAGCACCCUGCCUAAGAGAAAAGGUGAGCAAGAGGCAACAUGAUAGACGUUUACAAAAUGAUCCAUGGCCUGGAGAAGGAUGAUAGAGAACAAUUUCCUCUCCUCUCAAUAACACUAGAACUCAUGGAGAUCCCAUGAAGCUGAAUGUUGGAAGAUUCCGGACAGACAAUAGGAAGGACUUAUUGACACAGUGCAUAUUUAAAAUGUGGAACUCCUUCCCUCAGGAGGCAGUGAUGGCUACCAACUUCGAUGGCUUUAAAAGAGGAUUUGACACAUUCACGGAGGAAAGGGCUGUUAAUGGCUACUAGCCACAGUGGCUAUGCUCUGCCUCUACUGUCAGAGGCACUAAUGCUUUUGAAUAGAAUUUUCUGGAAACCAUAGGAGGGGAGAGUGCUCUUGUGUUUGAGUCCUACUUACUGGUUUCCCUUUGGGGCAUUUGGUUGGCCACUUUGAGAACAGGAUACUAGAGCAGAUAGGCCAUUGCUUUGUGUUCUUAAGAGAUCUUAAAGAACUGACAUGUGACUGGACAUCUCCAGAAGGUUCUGUCUGAGGUCUGGGCAGACAAGAGUCCUAUAUCUGUAAGUGUACAGAGGACCACUUGGACAAUAAAAGUAAGCAUGUCCAAAAUAACAACAACAACAACAACAACAACAACACACCCUGUCACUCUCCUAUCAGGUUUAUCCUGGUGACCAGAAUGUGAACUUCUAAGAAUGUCAGAAGAGCCAUUCCAGAUUCAGUAAAGGGCCAACCUAGUCCAGUCUCCUCUUCUCAUAGUGGCCAAUCAGAUGCCCCAACAGGAACCCCUGCUAGCAGGAUCUGAACACAAGAUCCCUCUCCCCUCCUUUGGUUUCCAGCAACGGGCAUUCAGAAGCAUUGCUUCUUCUGACUGUUGAGGCAGAACAUAGCCAUUAUGGCUAGUAGCCAUCAGUAGCUCUCUCCUUCACAAAUCUGAUCCUGUUUUAAAGCCAUCCAAGUUGGUGGCCGUCACAGCCUCCCUUUGGGUCCCUCCGAACACUACAAUUCUACGAUUCUAUUAUUCAUUAGAGGUUUUUAAACAGCUUAGGUGGCCACCUAUCAGUGAUGCUUUAGCUGCGAUUCCUGCAUUGCAGGGGGUUAGACUAGAUGACCCUUGGGGUCACUUCCAACUCUACAGUUCUAUGAUUCUAUGUCUUAAUCUCUGCGUUUGGCACAGCUAUACCCUGCACUGAAGGCAACAGCCUGAACAAACAAGCUACUCCUAGUUGAGCCCCGUUCAUGUUCGGGCAAACGCCAUUCUUUCCUCCUCUGUUUUUACAACACAUAUUAUAAUAUAUAUUUGGAGCAGUGAUGUGAUCUGGCAGCAUAAAUUCAGUUGAUGCCUUAAUUACCACCUCUGAAGGAUGUAAUCUGCGUUUUUUAAUGCGCUACAAGGAACGGCCGUGUUUGGGAAGAAAAGGUGUUGUUAAGUCAGUUGUUGUCAACAGCCUCAGGAGUGAUUUGGCUACCCGGCGCACCACGGGCAGAAGCUUAAUGGACACAAUCCACUGCCCUUGGGCAUGUUUAUGUUGCCUCCUGUUGGUGCUGGCAAAGCACACACCCCCAUGGUCCAAUGUAGUGGGAAAUGAAUUGAUAUAUACAUGGAUAGAUAGCUUCAGGAGGCUGUAAAAAGAAAGCAUUAAAACAGUGUUUGAGGGCGGGCAAUAUUGUAAAAAAGAGAAAGCCUAGAACAGCUUUAGCAAAGUGUCCUGCCAGGCAAAGAGCUCAUAAAUGAACUCUGAUUCCCACUGCUGUUAAGGGUGGAGCUCCCUGCCUGGUGAUAUGGAUACCUGGCAUCAGGCCUGUGCAAAGUCUGUCUGAGUCCUGGAGCGGGCCGCCCCUCCCACCCCCCGCACAGGUUGAAGAGGAACCUGGCGCUUAAAGGUGUAUAAUGAAGGCACCAGCUGAACCUCCCCAGGGAGAGCAUUUCACAAAUGGAGCCACUGCAGAAAAGGCCCACUUUCAUGUUACCAACGUCCAGACCUCUUGUGGAGAAGGCACACAAAGGAGGGCCUCAGAGGAUGAUCUCGGUGUGCUGCUCAGCUAAGAAAACAAAGUCCAGAGUUUGGCCUGUCACAUACGUUGGGCCAGUGACAUGUUGGGACAGCCCCAUGGGCAUCAUGCCAGCCAUGAAGUCCUGAGCCAUCCCAGAGCCAGUCACCUUGGCAUGGAUGUUGAAGUGCCCCAGAACCAGAAGUCUGGAAGUCCUUAACACUGCCUUUGAGACCAGCAUCUGUCAGUUCAGGCAGGGAGACUUCUGGGCAGCAAGUUGGGCAGUAAAGCAUCCCUAAUCUGUUCCAAUUGCCCAAUGCCAGGAACACAUAUUCUAGAUCCAGCCCCCCCCCCCCCCAUGGGACAGAGAGAGAGGGAAUUUCUACAGCAAUUCCACUCCCCAACCCUCGUCUGCCCUGAUACUGCACUAAGUGGGCACAGCUGAGUGAGACCGACGUCAUCCUGCUCACCCACCCGGGCCUCAGUGAUACAGACCAGAUCGGCCUCCUCCACAAUGAGAUCAAGGAUGAGGGAGGUCUUGCUCCAAGCUGACCUGACAUUCAGCAACAGCUGAAUUUAGCCUGAAGGAGACUGAUAGGUGCUGUGAGAGGGCCCCAAGAGGACUGGAAUUUUAUGUUUAGGGGAAGGACCAGCAUCUGCACGGCAUGCAGAAGGUCCCAGGUUCAAUCCCUGCUGGCAGCAUCUCCUGGUAGGGCUGGGAUAGAAAACCUUGCCUGAAACCCUGGAGAGGAGCUGCUGCCAGUCAUUGUAAACAUCACUGAGUUAGAUGGGUCCACGGUCUUGACUUGGGAGCAGGUAGCUUUCUGUGUCCCUAAUAGCUUUAUACUUUGUGCUGCAGGGGGGGGUUUUAUGGGGGGGGGGUUAAAAAAAUCUGCCAGGUGUUUUAUUUAUAAGAGUUCUCCAUGAAGCUGAUUUGCGUUUGGGUGACCUCAGGCUAUGUUUUCCAAAGAGUUCCUGUUUUGUUUGUCCACCAUCCCAUAAUAUUAACAGAUCAGGUGCUCCAUAGAGGACUCUUGCUUGUCAUUGCAGGGCUAUUCCUUUUGUUCUUUUCUGGUAACAAAGACUUGACCCGCUUGCUGGUAGGUGUGAGUCAGCCUUUAUGUUACUCCCCUCCACACCCUGAAUUGAAAAAGUCCCUAAACUUUGCUAGUUGCAGGACAUCUGGGACUCUGGUUGGCCACUGUGAGAAGAGGUUAUGGGACUGGCUGGGCCAAUGGCCUGAUCCAGGAGGCUCUUCUAAUGUUAUUCUGCUCUUGUACUCAGAUACUGCUUGAGUGUUUCCCACUGGGGCAUCUGACUGACCACUUUGAGAACAGGAGGCUGGGCUAGAUGGGCCACCAGCCUGAUGCAGCAGGUGGUUCUUAUCUUCUGAUGUUCAUAACAUGCGACUGGUUAAUUUGAUUUGAUUUAUUAUAUUUCUGUGCCGCUUUUCAUUCAAAUGAAUUCCAAAGCGGCUUACAAACAAUAAAUAACAAUGACAUAAUACUGUAGCCUAAAUACAGCCUAAAACAUAAAGAAUAAUUAACAGUCAGUGGAAACAAUUACAGUCUGUAAAACACUGUUAGCAAAGUAACAAUUAAAAAAAAAAAGUUAAACAUCACAAUUGAAGCAAAAGUCAUAUGACUAACAAAUCAAUACAGCAUUUAUAAUCUAUAAAACAAUAUUAACAACAUCAGCAAAGUAGCCACCAAAAAAUGAACUUGUUAAGUUCACACACACACACACACACACACACACACACUCCACACCCCCUUGACUCAUAAUCCGUCACUCUGUUCAGCUUCUUAAAACACACACACACACACACACACACACACACACACUGCUUGGGGCAGCAACUUCCUUCUGAAGGUUCCUUCCUUGGGCUGGAGGUAGGGCAGCAUAGGUGGCAAACAGAGUUUUCUUCCCUCACAGUUCUUCCUUUGGAAUCAGCUCCCUUAAGAAGACUCCUGGGUAAUGCAGGUGGAAAGAGCCAUUACCUGCUCUCCCCUCACCACUGUGCUUGGCCAGUUGUGAUAACAGGAUGCUGAAUUAUGUGGGUCACUGGCCUGAUCAAUAAGGUUCUUCUUAUGUUCUAAGGCUAGCUUAGAACAUAACCCAUCUCGCUGCAGAGCAGAUGCCACAAUUUCAGGGGCAGGGAGGUUUGCUACUGAGGGGCUCCCCUGGGGUGCAUCGACUGUACCCCACCUUGUGUCUCUCGGGAAGAGAUCUGGGUUCUCUUCUUGCAAAUCUUCCGAGAGUCCAGUGAAAGUGUUUCCCCUGGCAACUUCUUCAUUCCACUGGGAUGGUGGAGUUGUGAUUGCUGCCCAUUGCAAACAGCUAUCACACCACUUACUCGUCAAAGUUUUCUGGGUGUAAUUGCUUCCUUGUGUAUGAUUGCUACCCUGCCACAAUAAUAAUGCUGCAACAACCAUCCAAUCUGUUCUCUGUUAUGUAAAGUGAAAGACAAAUUCUGGAUCAUGGUGACCUUGAAAGCUGCUAUUCUUUUGUUACUUAUUACAGCAUAAGGUUGCACAUUACCAUUGAACUUCUGACUCAAAACGUUUUAAAAAAAUGCAUUCUUCCCCAUAAACCUGGCUUAUAUGUAUUUUUGUAGGAAGUUAGCUUAAUCAUAGUUACUAUUGACCAACUUUUCUCAAUCCAUUCAGAUACAGUAGGAGAUACACUUCUUUUUUCAAUUUUUUAGCUAUUAUAAUCUCAUCAGCAGUUAUGAGGAUAAACACUGUUUCUUGGUCUUCUCUGGAAUAACAUAUUUUAGAUAACAAAGCAGAAAUAUUUUAGGUUACAUGGGUAUAUGAUAUCCUAACAUAUUAGAGGUGUUAGCCUGAGCAGAUUUCUAGAAUAUUGACUUUCUUUUAGAGAAAAGCUGUUUCUCCACCUGUAAAGUCCCUUCGGUAUUGCAACUCAAGGCAGGUGUAGGAUGAGAAGUAAAAUCUGGGGUGUAGUGACCUCCCUUAGGGGAUCCCACAUUCCUCGGCAUUGAGGUAUCCUCGCCUUUUUGAAACUUUAUACCGGCCUCAGCACCUGGGUAAUGAGUUUACAGCCUACAAUGCACUAAAUUGUAAUCUGUGCUGUUGCAAAGAACGUGUCUGCCAAAGAAUCCAGAGUGCUCUGAUAUAUAUAUAUAUGAUUAUGAGAUGCUCAUCAGAUUUGCAGAUGUCAUCAAAUUCAUGGAGGAGAGGGGUAUCAAGGGCUAGUAGCCACAAUGGCUAUGCUCUGCCUCUACAGUCUGAGGCAGCAAUGCUUCUCAGUGCCAGGUACUGGAAAACGCACAAGGGGAGAGGGCUCUUGUGCUCAAGUCCCGCUUGCUGGCUUCCCAUAGGCAUCUGGUUGGCCCCUGUGAGAUCAGGGACUAUGGGCAACUUUGGCCUGAUUCAGCAGGGUCAUGUUCUUAUAAGAACAUAAGCAACACCCAGAGGCCCACAGGUUCCCCACAUUGUCAGACAAUGCAGAAUACCUCCAGGCCUGUCUUUGGAUGGACACAUUCGUGUUUUCUAUUUUGAUUAGCAAACUAGUUAAAGAUGUAUUAAUUUCAAUAUGGGUAAAUAUCAGGUUCUCUACUUAGGCAGGAAUAACCAGACACACACAUAUAGGAUUGAGGACGCCUGGCUUGACAGUGUGAAAAGGAUCUGGGGGGUCAUAGGAAACACCAAGCUUAAUGUGAGCCAACAGUGUGAUGCAGCAGCAAAAAAGGGUAUUAUGCAAUUCUAGACUGAAUCAGCAGAAGUUGAGUGUCCAGAUAAAGGGAAAUGGUAGUACUGCUCUAUUUAGCCUUGGACAGAGUCUGCCCGGCACCCCAGUUUAUGGUGGAUAUUGAUAAGAUGGAAGGUGGGCAGAGGAGGGUGACCAAGAUGAUGAAGAGCCCGGAAACAGGAGGGAGAGAUGGCCACCAACUAUAUAGCUUUAGAAGAGGAUUAAACAAGAAGAGGGCUGUUUAGGGCUGCUAUCACAAUGACUAUGUCUCAACAAUCUGAGGCAGCCAAAAUUCUGAAUACCACUUGCUAGAAACAGCUGGAGGGGAGAAUGCUUUUGUGCUUGAAUCCUGCUUAUGGAUUUUCCAUUGGAGCACCAGAACUACCCCUGUGAGGCCAGGAUACAGGACCUGUUGGCCCAUUGGCCUCAUCCAGCAUGGCUCUUCUUACAUUCAUAUAAAGAUGGCCAUAGGCAGUGUUAACUGUGUGGCAUUGUCCCUUUUGCCAGCUGCUUUUUUAUGUGUGUUUCAGCCCCAAAGGUGGAACUUAUGACCCCUUGUCUUCCAGGUGGCAUUGCUGAAGUUCUUCUCCCCUGAAGAAAGGCCUUUUUUCGGGGAAGGAAGCCGCCGUGUCCGGAGGAAUAAGCGGAGCAAGAACAGCGAAGGAUCAGAGGGUGAGAGAGAAUCUUUACCUUUUCUGUUUUAAUGUUGCAUUUCAACACACUUCACAGCCAGCAGUCAGGCAUUGCAGGGGGUUGGGUUCCCUUACAACUCUAUGAUUCUUCUGAGCCACUAUACAUCGGCUCUUUUCUCUUUCCCUAAACAGGGAGAUGUCCUAAGAUCAUGUGCUCCAUCCCACCUGCCUUUGACCCAGCCAUCAGCUGAGGCCAGGCACCUCUCUCUGAAAGCUGCUCCUCAGGGAAGGGAUGCAAGAGCCCUUAGGGCACAGCCUCUGAUUGUUGCCUUUCAGAAUUCACAGCAUUCAUCUUUUUGUGGGCUUCAGCUUAAGCUCUUAAGAGUGCAUCAGAACACAUAAAAGAAGAUCCUUCUUCACACAGUGCAUAGUUAAACUAUGGAACUCACUCCCACAGGAAGCUAUGAUGGCCACCAAUCUAGAUGGCUUUCAGGUGGCGGUCUCUCCUUUGUUGGAGCUUCUGGCAAGAAACUCAAGACAGCUCUGUGAGAUCCUCCCAGAGUCCACCAAGGUGGAGAGCUUCUAAGCUCUUUCCACACCUGGAGAACCCUGCGCAAAAAGAGCUCCUAAGCUUUCUGCACACUUAAUUUGUGCUAUUUCAACUGGCUGCGUAAAGUUGAAAUCAUGCAAACUAAAAGGUGCUCAAGUUGCAAGCAACCUGCAGCUCAUAGUUCAUAGGCGGGGUGAAGCAUGCUUAACGGGAUCCUUCUUUUCGGCUUGCGUUAAAGGCUGCACCACAACUAUCUAUCGUGCACGGUUCUGCCUUCCCCUGCAGGCGUUGAGGUGGGAAUCCGAACAGAGCUCUGUCUGUUACGCAGCUGACAGAUAUUGCCACAGUUCUAACAUAUGCAGACUCAUGUGUUUCAACAAAAUACCCAGAGGGCUCUUGGCUAGAAUUAAGAGUUUAUUUUUAUAUACCACAGCACUCUUUUAAAAAAAAAAAAAACCAAAAAAAACACCUCAAUGCCACACUAUUAAAAUUCAACAAUCCAAGCUGCAGUUCAACAGCUGUGUUUCUGUUCCAUUUUCUAACACUUAAUGCAGAACACUUAAGAACAUAAGAAUAGUCUGCUGGAUCAGGCCAGUGGCUCAUCUAGUCCAGCAACCUGUUCUCACAGUAGCCAGCCAGAUUCCCGUUGUGGGAAAUCAGCAAGCGGAAGAGCCUUGUGGAUCAGGCCAAUGCCCCUCAUAGCUAGUAGCACUCCCCUCCAUGAAUUUGUCUAAUCCUCUUUUCAAGCCAUCCAAUUUAGUGCCAUCACUUCCUCCAGCAGGAGGAUGUUCCAUAGUUUAACUAAGAAGUCCUUCAUUUUAUCUGUCCUGAAUCUCCAAACAUUCAAGCUCUAAUGUUACGAGAGAGGGCGAAGGUGGACGGAUAUGGUAAGAGCCCUCCCUGCAGAUAUAUUCUAAGAACGGAAAGCAAUCUGCAUCAAAAAGGUCAGUUUUAGCCUCUUCCCCAGACCACCCUAUAUCUGUGUCUGGUCAAGCCUUCUGAUGAAGCGAUGUCCCAGACGUUAUCAGAACGUACUUCACAUGGUAAAGCACCAUGAAAUUUCCAAUGAAGGGCAAUAAAUAACCUGGUGUCCACUAGUAACUAGACUGGAUUUCUAUUUGUGAAGAAGGGGUUGGCAUCAUUCUCUAAAGAGAGAAGAGCCAAAAAAGGGCAGAAUUAGUGCUGUUACAGGCACCACAUAGCCCAUCCCACAUUUGUUUAGUCUGCCAGCGCCUAGACUUUGGAACUCCCUGCCUAUUGACACCAGGCUGGUACAUUCACUGUAUUGUUUUUGGUGCCUGCUAAAAACAUUCUUGUUUAGACAAGCCUGUCCAGAUGUUUAUGAAGUUGAGGUGUAUUAUAAUCUUGUUUUAGCAGGGAAAGAGAAAUGCUAUUGGGUGACAGAGAAGGCGGAAAUGUUCUGCCCCUCUACUUUGCCUUUGUCUUCACCCAAACAAAAGCAGUGCCCAACCAGUUGAUAACAGAGUAAAUGAUGUAAGGAGAAACAACAGUGACCUUACUGUGAGUGUCUGCUGUAGAGGGAGUGGAAGGGCCAUUGACCUGAUCCAUCGGGCUCUACUUAGGUUUUCAUGUUCUUUGUCCAGAGGCUAUCCCAGAGUGUUUCAUAGGUGCGGUUUUGAAAUUUGUUAAAACCAGUGCCGUUUCAAAAGGCUAAGCCCAGCAUCUUGAUUCAAAAAGGGGCGCCCAACCAUCUCCAGACAUAGAUGGUAAUCUGCGCCAAGGGACUGCGCCAAGCAGAUCAGCAAUUCUCUGCAAGAUACCGUGGAAGAAUGAACACGUAAUUAAGGAAGAAAAUAUGUGACAUUAAUUCGACAUUGCAGGGAAAACAGAUUUAUAGGAAGGGAAGAUUUUUCUUCAUGUCUCAGACUUUUUAAAAAAGACUUCUGGCUACUUCUAGCAUAGUUGAACACUGGCUGGGAUGACUAAUCCUUCUGUCAGCAGGUUUUUUGCUUCAUAUUUUGUUUGUGGCUCACAGGUGAAGAGAGAGCUGGAGAAAUAAACCUCUAUCCUUGCAAGCUGCAACCUGCUGCAAAAGGGCAGGAGAUUUUCAGGAUUUGCAGUCGUGCUGAAAGUCAGUGGAGCAAUGACUGGUGCUGGAACUGAGGUUCAGGAAUGGUUCCCUGGGACAACCCCAGUAGGGUUGGCAGCAUGGCCAGUGGACAGUAUCAUAAUGCUAUUAUACAAAUCUAUGGUGUGACUGCAUUUGGAAUAUACCGUCCGUACUGGUCACUGAACCUCAAAAGGGAUACUGUAGAGUUGGAAAAGAAAAGGGCAGAUCAAAUGAGCAGGGGGUUGGAAUGAUUCCCCCACGAAGAAAGUUUGCAGCAUUUGGGAUUUUUUAGUUAAGAAAAGGCAAUCAGGAGUUGUCAUGAUGGAAGUUUAUAAAAUUAUGCAUGGCAUGGAGAAAGUGGAGAGAGAGAAAUCUUUCCUCCCUCCUAACAAUAGGGAUAGCCAGUGAAGGUUGUAAGAUUCAGGGCAGAUAAAAUAAAGGACUUCUAUUUGAUAAAUAGUUGUUAAACUGUGGAACUUGCUCCCAUAGGAGGCAGUGAUGGCCACCAGCUUGGAUGGCUUUAAAAGAGGAUCGGACAAAUUCCUGAAGGAGGAGAGAGAUAUUGAUGGCUACUAACCACUAUAACUAUGCUCUGCCUUAAAGGCCAGAGGCAGCAAUGCUUCUGAAUACCAGUUGCUGGAAACCACAGGAGCGGUUAGGGCUGUUGUGCUCAAUUGUGCAUGCUGUCUUCCCACAGGCAUCUGACUGGCUACUGUGAGAAUAGGAUGCUAUAUUAGAUGGACCAUUAACCUGAUCCAGCAGAUUCUUCUUAUGUUCUUAUAGCAGUUGUUGUUCAGCAAUGUCCAGAGGCCCAGAGUUUCCCCACACUGACCUCAGACACUUCUAUCUUUUGUGUUUUGAUUAGCAAACUGGUUUCAAUAUAGGUAAAUAUCAGGUUCUCCACUUGGGUAGAAAUAACUAGAUGCACACAUAUAGGAUGGGAGACACCUGGCUUGACAACAUCUGAAGGCCCGGAUCUACUAGGCGCUAAGGUGGAUUGCACCCUAUGCCUUGCAGAGUCAGGCCCAGGUUGCCACUGGGCCCAGCACUUGCAGCAGCAACAAGCAGCUCUAGCUCUCCCAUUGCCACCCUACCACUGCACUUACCUGACCUGGGGGUUCUGGAUCAUGAGCUCUACCUGUCAAAACGGGAGCCUCAGUAAUCACCCUGUCCUGCUGGAAACAAAUCAGGACUGCUCCAAGAAAAUGCACAUGGUAAAAAGGAGUGCUAGGCCCUGGUGGGCUGUCCCCUCACCCACUUGUGAUUGGCCAAGCAGAUAGCCAGUCAAUCAGGAUUUUUAAAAAAUGACACACACACCCACUUCUCACUUCCCUCUGUGGUGCCUUAGCCUCGUGCUGUGGCCUCCCAUUUGUGCAAUUUUCACCUGUCCUUCCCCCUGGAAUAUCCUGGGUUCCUCCAGGGGGCCAUAUGGCUCUUGUUGGGGAAACAUUGGGCUAGACGACCCUAGAGUUAUUUCCAACUCAACAAUUCUAUGAAUCUAUAGUCCUCAUUCACAUCACUCCUUAUUCACUGCAGGGUUUUGUGCACUCAUGUUAUUUCUUGAGCAAAUCCAAGAAGUGCUUAAUCUGCAGAAUAUGAAAACGUAAGGACAAGAACAUAAACUGGACCAGGCCAAUAGCCUAUGUAGUCCAGCAUCCUGUCCUCACAGUGGCCAACCAAAUGCCCCAAAAGGAAACCUGAAAGCAGGAUCCAAGCACAACAACUCUCUCCUCUUGUGGUUUCCAGCAACUGCAAUUCAGAAGCAUUGCAUGCAAACAUAUUUCCUGGUCUAUCUUCCUCUGUGCCACUCCUUUGUGAUCCUCAAGACCGUGAAGUUUUUUCUUAUUUUACUGGUGGAUGAAUGAAGAUCAGCUUCGUGCUCAGCCUUCUGAUUUUGCAGCUCCUUUUUCCGUUAUGAGCCUGAUCUUGAUGUCUUAACUCCCCAGCCCUGAGCUCAAGCGGUUGCAAUUGCACAAUUGCCUUCCUCCUGCCAAGACACUUUUGCUGACAAGUUUGGGCUGAAUUGGACAAGUAUUUGAGUAAUUUUGUAAUUAGUUGCAUGUCUGAGGUUUUCCUAACCUUUUUUAUUUUUUAACUUGACAUUUCUUCAUGUUUUGGAGAACUGACGAGGUUCUCUCGGUCUGUAUGCAUUAAAGGAUGAGGCUGACUCUUUCCAACAAAUCUCAGCUGCUUGUCCAAAAUUCAGGCCUUGUACAGGCUUAUUUUUUAAAAAUUUGUUUCAUAAAAACUUUACACCUCUUAAUUGUAAAACAACCUCAUGGUAGUUUACAAAAAAAAUAAAAAUCCAGGAAAGGAGUUACAAGACUUUAAAACAUACAAAAGUUAAAAUAUUAAAACAGAUCAAAACUCACAUCAACUUUCAAAGCAUCUGGGCAGGCUUAAUGAAACAAGAAUGUUUUUCGUAGGCACCAAAAAGGGAACAGCGAAGGCACCUACUUGAUAUCAGUAGGUAGGGAGUGCCAAAGCGUAAGUGCUGCAACACCAAAUGAUUUGAGUUCUUGCACAUUUGGAACAGGGAUUUUGUGGCACCUAUAACAGUGCUUCUUCCGCUGAUUGAAGUGGUUGUGUGGGUAUUUAUAGGGUAAGGCAAAAUCUCACAGGUAAACUGGUCCCUGGCUGGAAAGCACCUCCUGUUUGGUGCCACAGCUUGGCUUUUUCCUGAAACUGUUUGUGCAAAUCUUGGGAGAGAGUUUAUCCUCUAAAAUUCAUUGUCAUUAUUGUUAUUCAUAGAAUUGUAGAGUUAGAAGGGACCCCCAGGGGUCAUGUAGUCCAGCUGCAUACAAUGCAGGGAUACCAGCGAAAGAAUCCCAGUUAACACUGAGCUAGAUGAACCCCAAAUAAAGAGUGGGUUGAACUUCCCAUCUUCCUUGUGGCUCUUCCCACUGAAUUCUAUAGCCUCUCCUUAUUGUGAGUGGCACAGUAAGACAAAAUAUGCUCAGAGUUAGACCCUGAGUUUGCUUCUUUAGUUCAUUUAUGUGCCCCCACCCUGCCCCAUAUAUAUAUAGUUACAUGCCUCCUUGACCUCUGAGCCGUGAGAGACUCCAGGGGUUCCAGCAAUUACCCAGGUUGAGUUUUGUUGGGGCGAAGGUCAGCAGAGACAGUGGUGUCUUUAAGAUAUGUGGUUUUAUCUGCACAUAUAGACAACCUGACCAUAGAUUGAAAGGGCUCACAUUUCCUCCUCCAGUAAACAUGAUCCCACACCCAACACCAGUGUUGCAGCUACCACAGUUUCCCAAGUGAUAAGAGACUCUGGGCCGGGGUUCCCAGGCUUACCCAGGCUUAGUUUAUUUGUAAGGAAGGUCAGUGGAGACUUCAGAACACUGUAUAUGUUUUUAUUUACACAUAUAUCCGAGGUGAUCAUAGGUUGGCAGGGCCAAAAGCCUACAAAGGUAUUAUUCUCUCCAUCUUGCAUUAUCAGCUGUUCCCUCCCCCCUCUCCGCCCUGGGAAUGUUUCCAAGAGAGACGAGGCCUUCAUGAGCUGGAGGCUACAGCUAAUUCUCUGAAGUAUGAGAAGAGGUUUGACUUAUGUCUUCUGUGCCACAGGUUCUCUUAUUACACAACACACACCUAAAAAACGUAUCUGUGGGACACACAUUAUCAGCUGUCUCGUUCUGCUGCUCCUGAAUUAGAAUUGUAGAGAGUUGGAAGGGACUCCAGGGGUCAUCUACAUCCUACAUUGGAGGUUUUUGAGCAGCGGUUGGAUGGCCAUCUGUAGGAGAUUCUUUGUUUCUGAUUCCUGGAUGGGGGGGGGCCUAGAUGACCCUUGGGGUACCUCCACACCUUACAGUUCUAUGAUCCUAUGACUGCCUGGAACCAGAGGAGAGUCCCUUCUCAGUUUUUUUGUCUGUUAGGGAGUUGAGAAGAGAGAGCUGGUCUUACUCCACUCUAAAGGGAAUUUGAUCAUAAUGCUUGGUCACCUUCCUAAGGAAACCCAGGCAAAUGAUUUUAACAUUGCAAUGAAUUUGUUCCCAGCUAAGAAGUGUGCCAGUUCUUGCAAUAAAGUCAUAGAAUGAGGGGGAAAGGGGGAGAAUCUGAGUUUAAUUAGGAACUUAAAUUCUUCUUCUUUUUAAUUGCUCUGAUUAUAUAAUGAACUUUGUUCUUUGUGAGGGUGUGGCCCAUUGAAGAACAUAAGAGUCUGGCUGCUGGAUCAGGCCAGUGGCCCAUCUAGUCCAGCAUCCUGUUCUUAUAGUGACUGACCUGAUGCUCUCAUGGGAAAACCUCAGGCAGGAUUUGAACACAAAAGCAGCCUUCUCCCUUCCUAGGGAUUCCAGCAACUUGUAUUCAUACACAUUGGCAUCGUAGCUAAUAAUCAUUCGUAACCCUCUACUCCUCCAAGAAUAUGUGCACACCCCAUUUAAAGCCAUCCCAAGUGGAUGACCAUCACUGACUCCUAGGGGAAUGAGUUCCACAGUUUAACCCUGCACUGUGUGAAGAAGGACUUACUUUUCUCUGUUCUGAAUCUGCCUCUCCUUCCAUUUGUUCCCCUUUUAUGUUAAGGGCUUUAAAAUAAUAUCCUAGGACAUUAAUGUAGCCUGUGAAAUAUGAUUUCAUUAUUUGGGAUGCUAUGAAAUUGGCUUCCAGUGGGGUAGUGGACAGGUGUAACAAGGGCCUUGGAAAGUGUUCAAUUUUGUCAAACUCUGGCAGGAUCUUUCUGUUCUCUCUCUCUCUCAUCAUGGUCACCUAGAAUCUAUUCACCUCUUCAAAAUCCCCCCUCAAAGGCUCACUCUGUAAUUCUUAGUUUCUAGUUCUACCAAGCAUUGUGGGGAGUUGGACUGGGUGACCCUUGGGGUCCCCCAAUUCUAUGAUUCUGUGUAGGAUUGGUGCAGCACAUGUUUUUAAGGCUCCCUUUGCAUUGAUCUUGAAACACUUCAUCAAGGAACUGUGGGAUGCUCACAUGUGGCCAGCAGCACCCUUUGAAAUGGGCCCUGCUAGGGCUAAGUCAGUUGAAGCGCCCCAGUCUGAGAGGAGAUUUACCGUAAGUGGGAUUCCUGCAUUUCAGGGGGUUGGACUGGAUGGCCCUCGGGGAUCUCUUCUAACUCUACAAUUCUGUGAUUCUUUAGCCAUGGUUCCUACAUUGCAGAGGGUUGGACUAGAUGACUUGUGUUCCACAAUUCUAUGGAUUUCCACAAACUCGCGGGCAUCUGAGGUUGUCACAGGCAUGCUCCCUGCAUCUUCUGGGGUUUAAAAAAUGUGUUUGUGGGAAGAAUCUCCUGCCCCGUCCAAGAGUUUCCCUCAACCGCACUUGGCACAGAUGUACAUCUUGUAAUAGACGUCCCCCCCAUAUGGUUCUCAUUCCCCCUCAGCUUGCCUUUGAAGCGAAUUGGCUCCGUCCGUUUCAGAUGCAUUUGCCUCACAGUUAUUUCUGCUUUCCUUCUGUUUAUAAUUCUUGCGGUGUGAUGUGAUCUAUGCACAUAAACACACACAUAUAUAAUUUCAUAACACUGACAGGCUGAACGGACAGGUUUGCAGCACUCUGUUUCCAUGUCGGGUUAUUGGGUUGGGGAAACCCCUGCUGCCUUCAAGUUCAUAAGAACAUCUGAAGAACAUCCUACAGGAUCAGGCCAAAAGGGGACCUGUCCGGACCAAUUCAUGGUGAUGGGCAUCCAAUGAAGUUGAAUGUUGGAGGAGUCAGCGAUGGCCACCAACUUCAAUGGCUUUAAAAGAGGACUGGACAAAUUCAUGUAGGAGUAGAGGACUAUUGGUGGCCAUUAGCCAUGAAAGCUGUGAUCUGUCUCCAGUGCUUCUGAAUCACAUUUGCUGGAAAUCGCAGGAGGGGAAGAGUUGGUCUUGUGCUUGAAUCCUGCUUGCAGGUUUCCUGUAAUGGGCAUCUGGUUGGCCACUGUGAGAACAGGAUGCUGGACUAGAUAGGUGUCCAUUCGCCUGGACAUUGACUGUGAAAGCAGAAACUUUUAUGCCAGGGGCAGUCUAGCUCAAUGCCAGGACUGGUUCAGCUGCAUGUCAGCACAGAGACUCAAGAGACAAGCGGUAAAGUUGAUUCUUCAUUCAAGGAAACAGAAUACAAACAGAGAAACACAGCGAGACUGGCCCAAGUAAAGCAGUUGCCAGAACUGACAAUCUGGUCCUCCCUCUUUCCUCUUAAGUCUCCUCCACGUCCAGCUGUUUUCCCUGCAGUCUUAAAUUCCACCAGGGAGCUGCCCCAUCAACCUCAUUGUUCUGCUAUAUGUAAAGGUCCUUAGCUACAAGGGCAGUGUUUGAAAUUCGCCAGGCACAUUUUGCACCUGGCUAUCAGCUACUUGAGCCCAAGUGAAGAUGCCUGUUUUGGCGACCGUAACCCUGGUUAAAGGAGCCUUUGACGCCUAGCUUAUAUAUCUGAGUUUCUAGCACUGAACAAGUGGGGAGUUGAAUACAAUAGAACCAGCAGGCUCAUAUGAAUCUGUUGCAACCUCAGCUCCUACCUCCCCUGGAGCUUGUCUGUCAUUCAACUGUUGUGUUUUCUUCCUCUUCUUCCUCACUCUCACUCAAGCCUGUUGCUUGCUCAACACCCAACCAUUCUGCCCCGCUUGUUCAACACCCAACCAUUCUGCCCCGACUUCAUCCUCUGACCUGCCUUCCAUGUCCCCCCACCCCUUCCCUGGCUCUGAGCCCUCUUCUUCUGAGACUUCCCUAAGGGAUUCUCCAGCUGGAGCCUCCCACCAUUCCUUAUGGUCCUGCCAGUUCCUGAUACUCAGUGUACCAGAUGGUGGGGCACACAACUGGAGAGUGCAUUUGUGCUCAAGUUUUGAUUGUGGGAUUUCCAUUUGGUGCAUCUUAUCGGCCAGUGUGAGAACUAGACAAGCCCCCUUUUGCUUGAUCCAGCAGUUCUUCUUCUUACGUUCUUAUGCAAUCAGGUGGUAUAAUUGGAGUCUGAUACAAAUUGCUGAAAUGUUACCUGGAGGUGCAUGGAGAAGGGAGGACAGAGAGGAGAUUUAUUAUCCACCUUCAAAUAUCUGAAGGGCUAUCACAGAGAAGAUGGAACAUGCUUGUUUUCUACUGUUCUGGAGGGGUAGGACUUAAACCAAUGAAUUCAAAUGGCAAGAACUAAACAUUAGGAAGAGCCUCCUGAUAGUAAGAGCUGUUUAUCAGUGGAAUGGACUCCCUCAGAAGGUUUGUGGGCUCUCCUUCCUUGGAGGUUUUUAAACAGGUCAGAUUUCUGUCUGUCAGGGAUUCUUCAGUGUGAUUCCUGUAUUGCAGGUGAUUAGAGGAGAGGGCCCUGUUAAUCCCUUCAAACCCUGCAAUUCUGUGAUUCCUGUAUUGCAUGGGAUUGGCCUAGAUGACCCUUGGGGUCUCUUCAAACAAUGCAAUUCCCUAUUUCUAAGAGAUCUUGCCCAAUGGAUCUUCCCAGUGGAUUUUCCUUAUGCAUGGCCAUCCAGACCUACCAGUGUCAGCUUGUUCAUGUGAAUGAGGGGUCCACCAGAAGAUAAACUCCUUUCUAAGUGGGAUACAUCCCCCUGUUGACUUGAGGACCUGCAUUGGGAAUUCACUGACCAUGAUAUUGGUGUUGGGGUGGAUGAGCAGGGUAUCUUAAAGAACUCUUGCACCCAAAUUUGACUGCUUUUAUUAUUGUGAACUCAGCCCUACCAUCAAUUUCCAAUGAGGCUGAACAUCCUUGGCCAUGCCACAGCAAAGCAUGUGAGAGGAAAUAGCCUGUGGGUCUUUGAAGAAGGGUACCCUUCCUUCACUGGAAGUUAGGAAAACAAAGCUUGUGGGCCGCAAAAGAGGGUUGUGUUUUUUUGUUUUUGUCCCCCAGAAUCUCCGUCUGAAAGGUUUUUGCUGAGUGCUAGACCAGAAAACGGCAGUGAAAGAUAAAAGACUGAUAGCUGUGUCUUAAUGUAGCCUUUGAAAUAUGAGGAAGUGCCUAAAUGCAGAAUAUUGUACAGCUGGCUGAAUUACAUACACACAUAGAUUCAUUUGUAUGCCAUCUUUCCACUGUUCAACCCAUGCUCAAGGCAACUUACAACAUGAAAAAAUACAUAUGUUGUUGCCAUCCAUCUGUCUCGGGAGACAAUGGAGUGCGCAUCCAGCGGUGAAGUCAAAUCGCUGUGUUAGCAGUACCCAGGUAACCUCUCUGGGGCACAGCCCUGGGCAGUGUGUAUGGAGGUCCCGAGCUGUCCUUCCGGCUGCACUGAUGUGGUCCAAAGGAAAACAGGAAUAUGUCUGCCACCAACUUGGCUGCAGGAGUUGCCUGAAGGAGGCUAAAAAGGCAACACCCAACUGUCUUAGGGACUCCACACUGGAUUUGUGUUGGGUUUACUCCUUAGCAUUUUAUUCCUCCAAAGAUGUCCUGCAAGGCAGCAAAGGUUUAGGAUUGUAGUUUUCCUUCUCCUAGAUGGGCUACCUUCCCAGGUUGAUGAGCCCUAUCUGGCCCUCGCUUCCCUUUACAGCACAUGCAGAAACUGCCUUCUUGACCCUUGGACUGAUUAUUGGUCUCAUCCGCUCAAUCCUCCAGAGGCUGUCUUCGCACACAAGGGAAACCCCUAACUUACUGAGGGUUUGAGACCCAUUGGCUACCCUCACUUGGUUUAGCUAGCCAGUUGGAGCUGUUUCCCAGUGUGUGGCCACUGUCAUAUGCUGACAGCUUCUAGGAGCCACAGGUGAGAGCUGAGUGCAGGGCGGGGCCCCAAGGUGGACAAACUACCCCAGAAGGAGCAUGAAGUGUCCUCCGCCAGUGGUAUUACCCCUCCCUAACACACCAUACAUAAAUACAACAUAGCAAAAGUAGUCAUAAACAAUAAAUAGAACAUUUAAAAAUACACAACAAACUGUACAAUGUCCACAUGAAUCACUACAAGAUCUAAGAUAAAGAUACAGAAAGGAAGGAAGGAAGGAACCAGCAACAAGCCCCCCUGCUUCCACCCAAAACAGAAUCCUCUAAACAACACCCCAGCCCAAGAUUCUGUUCAGCAGCCUCAGCUUUUGUAGCUGGAAUGAGCCAAAGCUCCAUCCUCCCUGGCCAGGUGGGAAAGGCCUGCAAAAAAGGGAGUGGGUCUCCCAGGACUCAUAGCCAGUAUGGUCUUGGGGAACUGCCAGCUCUGUGGAAUCAUAUGAUUGUAAAGGGACACCAAGGGUCAUCUACUCUGACCCUUUGUAAUGCAGGAAUCACAACUAAAAAAAGCCCUGGCAGAUAGCCAUCCAACCUCUGCUGAAAACCUUCAAGGAAGGAGAGUCCACCACCUUCCAAGGGAGAACAUGCCACUGUCAAAACGGUUCUUGCCACCAGAAAGUCCUUCCUAACAUUUAGCAGGAAUCUGCAUUCAUAGAAUCAUAGAGUUAGAAUGAAUCCCUGUGGUCAUCUAGUCCAAUCUAAACAAGAUGCCAGGUUUUCGCCCAGCGACUUAUUUACAAUAGGAAGAGCUUCUCCCCUGGCGCCGGGUGUCUGGAAAAUUGGAAAACCAUCCUUCUCGUUUUGCGAAGGAGGUCAGAGGGGCUCCUUUAAUGCCAGGUAAUUAAAGCCACCUUUCCCUGGAAGGCGAUGUCAAGCUGUUUCACAAGACGCUUCACUAAAAGCUUCAUUUACUAGAAUGACUUUUGCCAAAGGGGAACCAGAGCCGGCUCUUAACUGAUGGGGGGAGGGGAGAGAUGGGGACGGUGCCCCCUUUCUCUUUCACACAACAGAAGGCAUCAGCCACCCUCAGAGGUCUUUAUUUGACUUGAAAACCAGGAACCUUCCAGAGUGUGAUCCUUAAUAGAUGAUACAAAAAGUAUGUCCACAGGAUGGAUAGAUGUCUGCAUGCAUGCACCAAAAUCUCAUCAUUCAUUCCUACUUGGGCUGGAGAAGAGACUGAGAGGUGACGUGACAGCCAUCUUCAAAUACCUGAAGGGCUGUCACAGGGACGAUGUUACAACAGUAGUUGAAAAUUAAUUUGCUAGGCUGGUGAGGAGGCUUAUCUUCAAAACUAUGCUUCCACUGGGUGCAUAAUAAAGUAAUGCCAAAUCCUAUAAAAAGCAUCUGGAGGUUCUCUAGGCCUUGUCGUAAUCUCAAGUUAUGUGUCAUUUUCUCAAUUCUAGCUCUGUUCCAGAGUGAGUGGUACCAAGUACCCAGUGUAAGAUUCGGGGCUGUCUUCCAUCGAGAUCCAAUGAGCUGCUAAGAUGAUUUAUAAGACCAGCUCUUUCGACAGUACAUCUACAUUGGUAUCAUCAAAAGGACUUAGUCACAUUAAUAGCAUUCUAGGAUUCAUUUGCGGUUUUUAAGGCCUUCUGUCAGGGACUCUUCAGCUGUGAUUCCCGCAUUGUAGGGAUUGAACUUGAUGACCUUUGGGGAUCCCUUCCAACUCCAGCAUUCUGUCAUUCUGUCUCCCCAUGGUUCCUUUAGGUGGGCAUUGAUGUCAGUAGAUGCGAUACGUAAUUUCAAGUGACUAAAAUAUCUCUUCUUGUUCUUUUGCAGGUGCAAGCCCAACAAAAAAGAAAAAAGGUAAGCAGAAAUUCAGACCUCUUCUGUCCUGCUUUGGGCCAGUCACUGCCUCUCAGGCUAACCUACCUUACAAGGUUGUUGUAGGGAUUAAAUGAGGACUAGGAGCUGGGAGACCAGGGUUUGAAUUCCCAACUCAGCUUUGAAGCUCCAUGGGUGACCUUGGGCUGGUUGUUGCCUCUCAGCCUGGCCUACCUCACAGUCUUGUGGGGAUUAAAUGGGAAGGGGGAGACAAGCCACUGUGUUGCAGUUAUAGAGUGUUGGACAAGGACCUAGGAGAGACCACGGUUCAAAUCCUCUCACUCAGUCAUGAAGCUCACAGGGUGACGCUGGGGGGCAGUCACUGCCUCUCAUUCUAACCCACCUCACAGGGUUGUUGUGGGGAAUUAAAUAAGGAAGGGGAAAGAACUCCCUGAGCUCACUGGAGGAAAAGAAAGGUGAAUUACAAAUGCAAUAAAUAAACGCAGUAAGACAGCGGUCAUAGCCUAUGAUUGAUCCAGCAGGAAGAAAUAGCUGCUAAAAUCCUAGAAUUGGAGGCUUGGAAGGAACUCCCAAGGGCCACGUAGUGCCCCCCCCCCUACAAUGCAUGAAUCAGAACUGUUGAUUCCUGGUGGUUGUGCUUAGCUCCUUUGCAGACUGAAACCCCUCUGCCUUGACCUUAACCCUAACCACAGCUGCCUCUGAGCUUUACGCUCCAUGCUCGCCUUACCCCAGGAGACCUGGAGAGAAAUAAGCAGGGCAAAACCAGGGCCCCUCUCCCUUGAGGUCAAACCCAGAGGCAUACAAAGGUCUUGGCCAGGCCACUGCUUCCGCAUUCUCUGCCCCUCUCCCUUUCCCUCAAGAGGGAGGCUAGUGAGCAGAACAUCCUGACAGACUAGCAUGGCUUGAGGUAAAAAUGUCUUCACAGGCAAAGUUGUAUCUCCUGGUGGAGCCAGAUUGGCCCUCAGACUGGAUUUUUCCAUGCCAAAUGAAGAAUUGUAGGAAGCACAAAUGUUGAAAGCUUUCAAACUCAUGCUAGGCCCAACCAAGAGCUCUCUUGCUAUUUCCACCUCUUUUCAAAGGUUUUGGGGGUUUUUUUUUACAAAGGCCUCCAUGGAAUUGUAGGAAGCACAAAUGUUGAAACCUUUCAAACUCAUGCUAGGCCCAACCAAGAGCUCUCUUGCUAUUUCCACCUCUUUUCAAAGGUUUUUGGGGUUUUUUUUUACAAAGGCCUCCAUGGAAUUGUAGGAAGCACAAAUGUUGAAACCUUUCAAACUCAUGCUAGGCCCAACCAAGAGCUCUCUUGCUAUUUCCACCUCUUUUCAAAGGUUUUUGGGGUUUUUUUUUUUUACAAAGGCCUCGAUGGAAUUGUAGGAAGCACAAAUGUUGAAACCUUUCAAACUCAUGCUAGGCCCAACCAAGAGCUCUAUUGCUAUUACCGCUUCUCUUCAAAGGUUUUUAGUUUUUUUUUUUACAAAGGCCUCCUUGGUAUUAUUGUGGAGAAGCUGAUAAACUGUAGGCUGGACAAAGUACGGUAACUGUUAGGUGGAUUUGUAGCUGGCUGGCUGACGGAACCCAAAGAAGGUUUACUAAUGAUUCCCCGUCAUCCUGGGGGGAAAGGGCAAGUGGGGUACCGCAGGAUUCUGUCCUGGGCCAGUUGUUGUUAUUCAACAUCUUUAUAAAUAACUUCGAUGAAGGUAUUGAGGGGAUGCUCACCCAAUUUGCAGAUGACACCAAACUGGAAGAGCUAGCUAAUGCCACAGUAGGCCUUAACAGAUGGGAAAACUGGGCCCAAACCAACAAAAUGAAUUUCAAUAGGGACAAGUGUCAGGUUGUGCACUUAGGCAGGAAUAACCAGCUGCUCAAAUAUAAGAUAAGGGACAUCUGGUUUGCCAGUUGUAUAUGUGAAAAGGAUCUAGGGGUCUUUGUGGACCACAAGCUUAACAUAAGUCAACAGUGUGAUGCAGCAGCAAAAAAACCCCUAAUGUUAUUCUCGGCUGCAUCAACAUAAGUAUAGUGUCCAGAUCAAGGACCCAAAGCAAUGGAUUCCAGUUACAGGAAAUGAAAUUAUGACUAUAAACAUCAGGAAAAACUUCCUGACAGUAAGAACUGUUCAGAAGUAGAAUAAACUCCCACGAGAGGAGUGGACUCUCCUUCAUUGGAGGUUUUGAAGCAGAGGUUGGAUGGCCAUCUGUCAUGUAUGAUCUAGAUGCAACUCCUGCAUUGCAAGGGGUUGGACUAGAUGACCCUCAGGGUCCUUCCAACUCUAUGAUUCUAAGAUUCUAAGAUUUUAAGAGCUGUGUCGAAAAAUUUAGAGGGGGCUGAUCGUACUCCUUAGUGCACUAAACUGAUGGAUAUUGCCCUGCUGGAAAAACUAACUAAUAAGCUGAGAGUCCUCAGAGGCUAAAGAAAACAGAUGAUUUUGUACCUGUUUUGUCAGUCUUCAUCUUCUUUGUAAGCAAGGAGGAACGUAGCAAAAGACCCUGCUUGGCCCACAAAUGAAUAUGGCUGAAACAGUGACUCAGGGCAUUGAAUUCUUGAAUUUCUUUUCCGUAGCAUGAUAGGGCCCAUGUUUUGUAACGGUGCCUUGUUUAACCAUUAUGUCUAAGCUGUAAAUAGUUCCAAUCGCUACAUUCCACGCAUUCAUGUACUUGUGGUUUAUUUAUUUUGGUUUUAUUUUAUGUCUAUUUUUAUUCGGCAGUGCUCUAUAAUUGUAUAUGGACUAUGUAUAUUGUCAUUAGAUGCUACUUGAUUACAUAGUAUUUUCAGAAUCUCAUAUAACCUUUAAAAAAAAAAAGGAAACAAAGAAAAAAAACCUAUGUUGGCCAGAGUCUGUGGCAGGGGAGAGUAGUGGCCAAUCAGUUCCAGUUUGUGUGUUGGAAGAAAAGUGGGUGCCUGUUCAGAAGCGAAAAUUAACACGCACUGUUUCCGCAGGCAAAAAACAUGGCCCCCCAGGACCGCCUGGCCCACAUGGACCUCCUGGCCCCCCCGGAAUCCCAGGGAUCCCUGGGAUUCCUGGCACCGCCGUGAUGGGACCACCCGGCCCUCCAGGACCUCCUGGCCCCCAAGGCCCCCCUGGCCUGCAAGGCCCCACUGGUAAGUGCUGCUUCAGCAAAGGGCGAUCAUAAGAGCAAACCAGGCCUGUGUAGCCAGGGCAGGAUUAACUCCAUCCUUCCAUCCAUCAGCUGAUACCACAAAUGGGGGGAGAUGGCCUCACAGGCAAAACUGGAGCUUCUGGUGGGUCGAUAUUGAACAUUUGGGCAAAGGGGAAAUGCCAGUCAUGGUGGUUCAAAUGCUGAACCACCUGGCUAUCCCUGGCUGUAAUAUAAUAUAAUAUAAUAUAAUAUAAUAUAAUAUAAUAUAAUAUAAUAGUAAAGGAACCCCUGACCAUUAGGUCCAGUCAUGGCUGACUCUGGGGUUGCGGUGCUCAUCUCGCUUUAUUGGCCGAGGGAGCCGGCGUACAGCUUCCGGGUCAUGUGGCCAGCAUGACUAAGCCGCUUCUGGUGAACCAGAGCAGCGCACGGAAACGCCAUUUACCUUCCCGCCGGAACGGUACCUAUUUAUCUACUUGCACGUUGACAUGCUUUCGAACUGCUAGGUUGGCAGGAGCAGGAACCGAGCAAUGGGAGCUCACCCCAUCGCGGGGAUUUGAACCGCCGACCUUCUGAUUGACAAGUUCUAGGCCCUGUGGUUUAAUCCACAGUGCCACCCGAUAUUAAUACACAUUCUGUUUUGCAGGUGCCAUGGAUAAAGCAGGACCUAGAGAUGUACAGGUGAGAUAUCUAUCCUGAGGGAAGAAUGACAAUGAAUCCUCAUCUAGAAAAACUCUCCCUUCUUAACAUGGAAAGCUAGCCUUUAUUGAACAACAACAAAAAAAGCCCUUCUUAGUUAAGCACAGGAGGCAAUGAUGGCUACCAACCUGGAUAGCUGUAAAAGAGGAUCAGACAAAUUAGCGGAGGAGGAGAGAGUUAUUGAUGGACACUAGCCAUGAUGGCUGUGUUCUCUCUCCACAGUUGGAGGCAGCAGUACUUCUGAAUGCUAGUUGUUGAAAACCACAGGAAGGGAGGGGGCUCUUAUGCUUGAAUUCUGUUUGCUGAUUUCCCUUUAGGGCAUCUUGUCAGCCACUAUGAGAACAGGAUGCUGGACUAGGUGGGCUGGGAGCCUGAUCCAGCUAGGCUCUUCCAGUGCUCUUAUGGAACUUCCAAGUCCAGAGGCAGUCUAUCUCAAUUCCUAGGCUCUUCAGGGUAUUUGGCUGCUGCAAGAACAGCAUACUAGACUAGGUAGGGCCCCACUGAUCUGAAACAGCAGCCUCUCCUGAAGGUUACAAGCACACAGACUCUUCCUGUAGCUAAAAAUUGUUGAAGAGCAACUAUGGUGGUACUCUUUGCCUAUCUGAAUCCCAAAGAACCUUUUCCUUGGUCACCAAGAACCUCUAAUAUAAUCCUAGAGUUGCCGAGAUGGAAGGGACCCAAAGAGUCGUCUAGUUCUCAAGUGCAGGAAUCACAAGCAACACAGGAAUCUUUGGCACAGCAGCUUUGUGUGUGCCUAGCAAAAGUAAUUUCAAGCGGUCCUCUUUUAAUUUGCAGCCGGCUGUUGUUCACCUUCAAGGGCAGGGAUCAGCGAUUCAAGUCAAGAAUGGUAAGAAUCCUGAGGAACUGGACUUUGGAAACUGCACCCCUUCUUCCUUCUUUGGUUCCAUAUCUUCUAACAAGGUGGGUGUGGGGAGAAAAGGCCCAUCCCACGUGGCCAUAGCAUCCUAGUAUUGUAGAGUUGGAAGGGAUCCCAGGGGUCAUCUAGUUUCACCCCCUGCAAGGCAGGCCUCACAGCUGAAAAAUCCCUUAAAAACAUCAUGUGAAUGAUGGAAUCAUAGGGUUGGAAGGAACCACCAAGGGUCAUCCAGUCCAACCCACUGCAAACGUAGGUAUCCCAGCUAGAGAAUCUCCAGACAGGUCAUUAACCACCUUCUGCUUAAAAGCCUCCAAUGAAUCAGAAUUGUAGAGUUGGAAGGGACCCACAGGGUCAUCUAGUCCAACUCUCUGCAAGUUCAGGAGUCACAGCUCAAGAAAACCCGACAGAUGGCCACCCAAGCUAUUUAAAAACCUCCAAUGAAGCAUAGAAUUGUGAUGUUGGAAGGAGCCCCAAGGGUCUUCCAGUCCAACCCCCUGCAAUGCAUCUAAAGUAUUCCUAACAGGUGGCCCCCCGACCCCGGUUAAAAACCUCUUCCUUCCAAGCCCCCAUCCGCUUGCCUGCCAAGCGGCUGUUGCCUGUGUUCACGUUGCUCUGGUAUUUUGUCUCUCCUCAUCCCAACGGGUACUGAGUGACUGCCAUUUUCUCAUACUGAGAUCUUUCAGGGGGAGUCCUCAACGACUGGUCCCGCCUCGCCCUGAACCCCCGUGUCUUCAAGCUGCAUGCCCGUAGCGGGGAGCUGGAGGUGCUGGUGGACGGCACCUACUUCGUCUAUAGUCAGGUAGAAGUGAGUACGGUCUGAGUAUGGUACCUCUGAAAUGCAAACCGCCUGGGUCGUCCGGGGCGGGGGCGGCUUUGGAGCAAGCAGAAUGUGUCUUUAUUACUUACUUUUUAAAUCUAUUUCUAUUCUACCUUUCCUCCAGGGGUCUCAAGGUGGCAUGCAUAUAUUUCCCCAUUUUAUCAUCACAACAACCCUGCAAAGGCAGGUUGGACUGAGAGUGACUGGCACCCAAGGUCUUACCCAGUGAACUUAAUAGGCAAUUGGGGGAUAUGAACCCUUUUCUCUCCUGGGUCCUAGUGCUCUUUACCCAUGCAGCCGAAGGUGCUCACUCAGUGGUGACCUUGCGGGGCCAGUCUCAGCCUCACCUACCUCUCAGGGUUGUUGUGGGGGAUUUAAUGAAGAAUACACCGUGUACGCCACUUUGAUCUCCUUGGAGAAAAAGAUGGGAUAUAAAUUUGAUAGAUAAAGAAAUGUUAACAUCCUUUUAAAAAAAAAUUAAAAUAAUACUUUGUUGGCUUGUUAAGAAAAAAAGGUGCAAACAUAACAAAAAGAAUUAAUACAAGAAUGGAACAUUUUUGUUUUCUUAAAACAAGAAUGGAACAUUUUAAAGCACCACAGCCCGGAAGGACAGAAGUAUCCAACGCAGCUCUGAAGGGAUAGUAAAGUAUCACUCAUGCAAAGAUCCAAUUUACAAGUAAUAAAGCUUUCUAAAACAUAAAAAGUAUUCUCCAUCUCUGAGUUCCAUCACUAGCAAGAAUAAAGACUCUGUGUAGUCUUGGACGAGCCAGACAUUUGCAUAGACACUAUGCAGUACGUUAGCUGUUGUUUCCUCAUUACAGGGGGUGAAUUAGAUGACCCUGGGGAGUACAGUUCUUUUAAUGGUCAUUCAAGCUCUGCCCUUUAGAUGCUUUUAGAUUAUGAAAUACUUUUCGAAAAGGUUUUCGGCCAAUUAACCAAAUCCUUUUCCUCCCAGUCUGGGACAUGUUGCUUCCAUGCUGCUAUCCCGCUGGAAAAGGCCUUCUGUUCCUAUUCCCAAAAUAGGGUGGCAGAGAGAGAAUACCGUGACAGAAGGAGGUGCUUUGUUUUCAAUCCAGUUGCUUGCGUACAAGGACAGGUCUCAAAGCAUUGUAGGGUUGGAAGGAACCCCCAGAGGACAUCUAGUCCAACCCCCUGCAGUGCAGGAAUCACCAAUGGCAAUCCAACCUUUGUUUAAAAAACCUCCCAUGAGGGAGAGUCCAGCACCUUCCAUGGUCAUUUAUUCCACUCUCAAACAGCUCUUACCUUCAGAAAGUUCUUCAUAAGAUUUUGUCAUUUGACUCCAUUGGUUUGGGUCUUCUCCUCCGGAGCAGCAGGAAAAAAGCUGGCUCCACCUUCCAGGGAUGUUGGAAGACGGCUAUCAGGCAUUACCCUCCAACAUCUGCUAGCUUCUGCCUGUCAUGUUCUUGCAUCCUUCCUAGAGUUUUAAAACAGUUGCUUCCCUUCUGCAAGCGGAAGUCAGAUCAGACCCUCUUGCUUUUUCUGAAAGGGGAGAGGUAGCGAUGCUUGCCGAGGCAUUCUUUUUAUGGCUGGCUUUCUAAACGUUUUCGUGCUUUAUCACAACGGUGCAAGACCCCCAGCCAUUCUUGCUCCUCUUGCCACGAUGUAGGGCAAUACAAAGGAAAUGAUCAAGAGGGUAGAGCAAUUCUCUUGUGAGGAAAAGUUGCAGUUGUUUGCGGCUUAUUAGUUUGGAGAAACAGUGAGUAAGAGGCAACCAUUAUAGGAGUUUAUAAAUGAUGCCUAGCAUGGAUAAAGUGCAAGGAGAAAAGCUUUUCUCCCACUCUCCUAACACUGGAAACUCAUGGACAUCCAAUGAAUCUGAAUGUUGGAAGGUUUAGAACAGGUUUUUAAAAGUACCUUUUUGGCACAGUUUAUAGUUAAACUGUGACAUUCACACCCCACAGGAAGCAGUUGAUGGCCACCAACUUGGCUUUAAAAGAGGAUUAGGCAGAUUCAUGGAAGCUUGGAGGACUUUUGAUGCCUACAAGCCACAAUUGCUGGGCUAUGCUAUUGCAGUGCUUCUGAACACCAGUUGCUGGAAACCGCAGAAGGGGCAGUAUUGCUCUUGUGUUCUUGUCCUGCUUCCCACAAGGAACUGUUCAGCCUCUAUGAAAACAGGAUGUUAGGCUAGAGGAGCCAUGGGCCUGAUUCAGCAGGCUAAUCUUAUGUUCUUAUGAAAUACUCUAGGGCUCCUCAUUUGUUUGAACAAGGAAUGUGCUGGUUGAAGGUCACUUGGGCAUUUCAGUUGCCCUUAGAAACAGAGGUAGAAUUGUAGAGUUGGAAGGCACACCAGGGGUCAUGUAGCCUGGCCCCCUUGCCUUCUUAAAAUAAUGCCCUUUCCCCCCUGUCUAGGUAUAUUAUAUCAACUUCACGGACUUUGCCAGCUACGAGGUGGUGGUGGACGAGAGGCCCUUCCUGCAGUGCACGCGGAGCCUCGAGACGGGCAAGACCAACUUCAACACCUGCUACACAGCCGGGGUUUGCCUCCUGAAAGCCCGGCAGAAAAUCGCCGUGAAGAUGGUCCACGCAGACAUCUCCAUCAACAUGAGCAAGCACACCACCUUCUUUGGGGCCAUACGGCUGGGAGAUGCUCCAGCAUCCUAGAGGGGACUUGGACAGGGAGAACGGACAAGGGAUAUUUAUUCAUUGGUGCGGCAGCAGGAAGGAAGGGCAUAAAAAGGGGGUCCCCUCUGGGUUUUGCAUUAGGGAAAAGGAGAUCCCCUAGCAUUCACUAGGAAAAACUGAGGCUGGGGUGGGAUCAUAUCACUCAGUUCUCUUUGACAAGCAAACGUUGGAUCUUAAAAUGAGACUCCUGGAUAUAGAGCCAUGUGAUCCAUGGCCCAUCUGUGCCAAUUGUCGUGGAAUAUUCAGGUGCCCUGUGCUCAGUAACUUGUCCCUAAGUCAGUUCACUGCCCCCUAAGUCCAUUCACUGCCCUCCCUGAGUUGAGUUUAAGAGGGAAUGCAGACCUUUGCAGGCUAAGCAGGCAGACUUGUGUCAGCAUCACCAACCCUAAGCUGGGGAAACAAACAGAGAAGCCAGUACUUCAGUAGGAAGUUGCUGAACACCUUUUUCAUGUUCAGAUAUAGUCAGAUAUUGAACAGGCUGCAAUUGGUAAGGAUCCCAGAAAAAAAUUGCACAUGUGUUUGAUGCUUACCUUUUACCCAAUUUGUGGGGAAAUAUUUUUAAUUCUAACUCUGGUGCUCGAAAGUUGUCGCCCACUCAGAAGGACCUCCACCAUCCCAGCAAGUGACAUUAAGAAACACUGCUGCCUCCAGAUGUGGAGGUGGAACAUAACCACAGUUGUUAGUAGCCGUUGAUAGCCCCCUCCUGCUCUACAAAUUUGUCCAGUCCUCUUGUAAAUGCCAUCCAAGUUGUUGGCCAUCACUGCCUCCUGCGGGAGGGAAUUCCAUAGAUUAAUGAAAAAUUGUUCCUCCCCUGCAAAUUCCUCGGGUUUUGACCAUGCUGGUAGAGUGGUGGUUCAGCUCCCCAAUGCAGCUUAGGGUGGCCAGAAGGGUCCACGGGCACAGGGGAAAUGGCCAGGCAGGCAUGUUCUCCACUGUAUGGUCUGUAUAUAGAAUAUACAUAAUGUACAUAGACAGGGAUGUAAGUUUACGUGAAUUGUCAAUAUUUUCCAUUGCAAAUAAAACUUUUUCCAACCUGAUUUUGGAUGCUGUGUUUGGAAUGGUCAGGCCUUCAGUCGGAGUGUGGGGAAAUCAUAGAAACGUAGAGUUGGAAGGUAUCUCAUCCAGCCCACUACAAUGCGGAAACCACUAGAUUGUAGCAGUGGACGCAACAGGUGACCAUCCAAUCUCAGUUUAAAAACCUCCAAUGAAGGAGAGUUCACCUCCUUUUGAUGGAGUCCGUUCCACGGUCGAGCAGCGCUUACCAUCAGAAAGUUCAUCCUAAGGUUUUUGUCUCCUUUGUUGUCACUUGAAGCCAUUGGUUUAUCUUCCAUGUGACAGCCCUUUAGAUGUUUGAACUCCCGGCAAGGCAAGAACCACAGUUCAAUAAUCUUUGACAGGUGGCCAUCCGUCAUCUGCUGACAAACCUCCAGUGAGUCAAAGAUCAGAAUUGUAGGGUUGGAUGUAACCCCCAAAAUUCAUUUAGUCUAACCCCACUGCGAUGCAGGAAUCCCAGCUAGAGAAUCUGCCCAUCACUUGUAUGGAGUUAACGCUUCUAUAAUCCUAAAACCUUGAAACAGAUGGCAGACCAGUGGGAUCCAUGCUGACUUGCCUUCACUGAUCCCGUAGUUGAAAGGGCCUGUCCCCAAGAUUCAGUCCAACACCCUGCAAUGCAGGAACCACAGCUGAAGAAGCCCUGACAGAUGGCUAUCUGACCUAUCUUUAAAAGCAGUUUUGAAUCCAUUGGUUUGGAGCCCACCCCCAGUGUAGAUAUCCUCCUUUCCAAGCAUGACAUAAACCUGUGUCCCUUCCAUGCACCACCUUGGUGUAAGACUCUUAAUCUAUGGUACAAUUUGCAAAUUUGUUGUCUGUGGCGACAGAAUUUUCCUCACAGGCUUUCUGAGUCUCUUCAGUCCAUCCUCACACCAUUUUAUUCUAUUCCUCUUCAUGAAAUGAGUUUCAGGAAGCACCAGACCCUUCAUGACAACUCCUACAAAUAAUUUUAUCCUUAAAUGCCUGGCGGAAGAAGCAUUUUUCAAUGUAAAACUUUUCAGUCAGCUCAUCAGGUUUGUAGAGCCAUUGGAUUCAUUAGAAUCAUAGAACUGUGGAUUUGGAACGAACCCCCAAGGAACACUUAGUCUGCAAUGCAGAAAUCGCAACAAAAACCAUCCCUGCAUUAUUUUUAUUUAUUUCCUAGACUGCUUUAUGAUUUUAAGCAAAAUAAUCUCUUGGUGGUUUGCAAGCUACAUUCAAACAUCCAGUAAAAUAUUCC